GAGGGAGCUUUGUGCUGCGCGAGAAGAAAGGCGGCGGCGGCGGCGGCGAAGGCGGGCAGGGCCGAGGCCGGGGCCUGAGAGCGAGCGAGCGAGCGAGAGAGAGCGGAGCGGCAGCGCCCCCUCUCUUCCCCGGACUCCUCGCCCGCAGCCCCCGAGGAGGCUCCUGCGCCGCCCGCGACGGAGGAGAAGGAGGAGGAGGCGGCGGCAGAGGAGGCGGCGGCCGGAGCGCCGCGUCAAUUGAGGCCGGGGAUCGAGCGCGGCCUACGGCAGGGCCUGGCCCGCCCCCUUUGCCGAGCCCGGCCCGGCGAGGCCCUUUCCGCCGCGCUUCCUCCGUUACGCGUCCCGGCGGCGAUCGGUCCGAUACGGCGGGGAAGUUAGAAUGGAACAGACUGACGGUGAGGCGCCACGGAGGGGGGGCAGGGGGCGGAGACGUCGCCUUGCGAACGAGCCUCCCCAAGUUGCUAGUCCUCAGCAAUCCUCCGUGUCCAAUAUUUGCCUUUUGGAGAGCCCUAGGGCCCUCCAUUUUUCCUUUCGUUUUUCAUCUACAGGACCCUUGAUGAAAACGUGCGCUGAAGGGUGUUAGGCUUCUCAUGGUAGAACGAUAGAGUGGGAAGGGGCGCGAGGGUCAUCUAGUCCAACCCGCUGCAAUGCAGGAAUCUUUUGCCCGAUGCGGGGCUCAAACCCACGACCCCGAGAACCAGAGUCCUCCCCACCUGGUCUUCCUCCUUUGCUCCUGCAUGGGUGACCUCCCUCCCUUUGGUAUUGGCUUGGACAGACAUAUUUAUGUAGCAGUUUGGGGACCUAAGGAGAGAUGAGGUGGGAACCCAGCGCAGGAAGCAAAAGCUUUCCCUUCCCAGUUUCCAAGAAGCAAACCUUACUUGGCACAGACAAGCACAAGUGGGCAUUUUCAAGGUCCGUCCCCCCCCCAGUGCUUUAGGGUAUAUCUGUAAUCCAGAGUAGCCCUCAGUACAGUGGUACUUCAGGUUACAGACGCUUCAGGUUACAGACACUUCAGGUUACAGACUUCACUAACCCAGAAGUCAUACUUCAGGUUAAGACCUUUGCUUUAGGAUGAGAACAGAAAUCACACGCAUCGGUGGCGGCAGCGGGAGGCCCCAUUAGCUAAAGUGGUGCUUCAGGUUAAGAAUGGACCUCCAGAACAAAUUAAGUUCUUAACCCGAGGUACCACUGUAAUCUGAAAUGUGGUGUGCAUAAGGUCAGUGGGUUCAAAUCAUCAUUCAGCUGUUAAACUCACUUUGUGACCUUAGGCCAUUCAAUAUUUCUCAGCCUAACACUAUGUGUGCUGCCCUGAAUUCUUUGGAGAAAGGGCAAUAUAAAAUCAUGACAAAUAACCUGUAGCUAUUUAUAUCAGAAUUUGAUCUGAGAGACAGUGGGUUGCUGAAGACCACAUAAUGAGUUCAUGGCAAAGUGAGAUUUAAAGUACUGUAUGUAAGUUUCCAAAUUUGGACCUAAUAGUUCCUUAGCUCUUGGAGUGAGCCCCGUUGAGCUUAGUGUGCCUCUUGAGGAGAUACGUAUACAGUAGUAGUGAAUUGGUUAAUAUACCACCAGUUGAGGGAGAGCUCUAAAGAGUCAGGGGGUCAUUAGAUGUGGAAGUAAGGACUUUUCAUAGUGGAUUUGGCUCUGAGUACCAUAGUAUUUGUGUGUUUGGUAGACAUUUAGCAGUAGCAGCACCAAGAACUUGUAGCGAAAGUACACCAACAAAGUAUCAUCAAAACAUCAAACACUUUAUUAAAAUACAUAAAAACUAUUCCACAGCAGCACCUCGGUUUACGAACUUAAUCCGUUCCAGAAGGCCGUUCUUAAACCGAAACUGUUCUUAAACUGAGGUGCACUUUCCCUAAUGAGGUUCCGUUCUUAGACUGAGGUAAAGUUCGCAAACCAGGACACUACUUCCAGUUUUGCGGAGUUCGUAAACUGAUUCGUUUGUAAACAGGGCUGUUCUUAAACCGAGGUGCCACUGUAUGUGGUAGAUAGUGCAGAGGGGAGGUAUGGGCAGCAUAUAUAUUCUGGGGGAAUGGGGGUUUGGGGAGACCUAGGAAUGUGAGGAUGUAUGGGUGCUAUAGGACUCUGAAACAGAUGGAGUGGAAGUGGGAUGAUGACUGGAGGCUAGAUCUCACAUAGAGCAAUGGGAUUGUGAGGAUGCCAGAAUUGGGACGAAGGCUGGAGGCGGGUUGAGGCAUUAUGAUUAUACACCUUUAGGUUCCAGACAAAAAUGUUCCUCUUCAAUCAGUCCUUUGACUGAUUAACAUCUUACAGUACAGUGGUACCUCAGGUUAAGUACUUAAUUCGUUCCGGAGGUCCGUACUUAACCUGAAACUGUUAUUAACCUGAAGCACCACAUUAGCUAAUGGGGCCUCCUGCUGCUGCCACGCGAUUUCUGUUCUCAUCCUGAAGCAAAGUUCUUAACCCGAGGUAAUAUUUCUGGGUUAGCCGAGUCUGUAACCUGAAGCGUAUGUAACCCGAGGUACCACUGUAUAUGCCUUUUAAAUUUGUUUGUGGGAGGUGGGGUUAUGGUUGUUUUUAUCAUGUAUUUUGUACUUCAUCUGAGAUCUGCAGAUGAAGGGAGAUGUACAAAUUUAAUAAAUAAAAUAAAAUGGGAUUGAUGAUUUGGUGAUAAAUAAUAAAGUCAGCUGGUAUGCAAGGAGGUUAUGGUCCUAUAACCUCAACUGUAGUCCUAUAGUUGUGGUUGAUGUUGUCAACAUGACAAUGGAAACACAGUUGCUGAGGCAUUUUAGGUGGUUUGGAGUGUUAGACUCUUCAAGACUGUUGGCUUAAAGGAUAUGAGAAACAAUAUAGGAAAAUACAUUAUGAAAUAAUUUAUACACAAAUAGUUGCUAUGGGUUGUGUUUUGUGACCAGUACAAUAAUAGAAUAACUGUGCUGGAGUCUGGCGAGAUGGCCUUAAUGUAGUGUCAUAUAUAAGUGAGAGAAUAUGGACUGUGGAUGUGGAAUUGGUUAUGUCGCUUGCCAUGGGGUUGCUGUUUUGCAUGACAUUCUAACUAGAAAGCCAUAAAUAGUCAUGGGGUAGUGUUGGAAUUGGCCUUGGAGUUGGAGAAGUCUAAUCUGGGACUGUUAAUAACACAACCUUUUGUGUAUGUAUAUACAGUGCAUGCCUACACGUAUAAAUUUGCAUGAAUGCCCUAUCAAGGCUUGAACCUAGAGUUCUAGAAAGUGAUCUCUUGUUGCUAAAGGGAGAGGCACCCUCUUUGUUUUUCAAAGAAGGGUUGAGGAAUAAUUAAGGAUAGAUCAGAUAAUAGUUUAAUGUGAUGGAGUAGGGCCAUUUGGAUUUAAAGGGGCAGAGGCAGCCAUGUUUGCUUCCAUAUACUGCAGUGUAAAUCUCUUUAGACCCCCUACUCCCCAAAAGAAACAAGACUUGCUUUGGGUUAUCAAAUGAUCUUUAAGAUCCUUCUCCUUGUUCCUUAUUCUCUAUCUUAAAAUCAUACCAUUCUGAAAUUUAUCAUAAGCAGGCUGAGAAAGGAACAUCUUUCCUCCUUCUCAUUCCUUUCUGCAGCCAGUACUGCUAGGGGACUGUGGUGCAGAAAUUAACCCUUUUCAAUACAAAUCUGCAGCGGGAUUAUACAGACAUUUUUCUCUCCAUUUUCAUGAAGAAUUAAAUAGGUAGAGGGGCUGUCUCUGUUGUAAAUGGCAGAAGGCUGAACCGUCUUCAGCAAUUUCUUUAAGUAAACAAGGAAAUGACAUUGCCAAGGCUGUCGACAAAAGGCACACUUGUUUGUGAACAGCAAGAUGAAACUUACUUACUGAUUGUGUUUUAAAUAUUAUACACGAAGGGAAUUUCCUCCUACAUUUUUCUUAAUGCUUUUUCUUGACUCUAUUCCUGUACAGAUAGCUAAGUGUUCCUUUAUUUUAACUGCCAUUGAACUGUGCAGAUGCUGUUGUUUGUAUUUCAUGUACAGCAGACAACAGAGAUGUGAGACAAAUUGCUGUUCAGGUAUCUGAUUAGUGGGAAGCAGGUAUAUUUGUGUGAUGCUUUGAUAAUUUUUUUUUUAAUUGAUAGCAUCCGAGGGUUUUUUCUGCAGUGGAGAGAGGCUCCAUAUUCUGAUUGUAGCGCUAAUAUUUGUAGUUUGUUCAUUUUGUUUUUCUUUGUUGAUUGGACGGAAGUAUAAAUGUGAAUGUCUUAUCAAUCAGCCACAAUCUUUGCAUGUUUGGAUAAAUCCUGUGUCGGUUUGUUUUAAAAUCGAAGCAUCAUAUUUUGAUAUGCUUGCUUCAUUUUUACACAUCUGCUUCUCAGUGUUCCUGUUUUUGCCCUGAAAAACUCUAAUACUCUGGGGGCAAGAUAUAAUUUAUUACUAUGAUUGGCUGCAAUGCUGCAGUUAUAUGCAGAAUAACAAUAUUUCAUUAACAUUUUCAUAACUGCACCAUGUUCUGUGUAACACUAGGCAAUGUCUGCCACUCUAGUGCUGUUCUUUCUUGUUACUAUUUUCUCUAAGCAAGUCUUAGUAAAAGAUGAUCAGUGGAUGACACCAGGUGCUAUUGAAUCAGUUAAAGUAGUAAUGUUUGGCUCCAGUAGAGAGGACAAGUACGUUGGCAAAGGGGAAGUUUGUAACAAAAUGCUUUCUAGGAAUAAUUAUUUUUCACUUUAAAUUGAUUACUUUUUUUACUUCAGCGCUAUGUGUAUGUAAAGUUGGAAAUGACUCAUAACUGCUUUGCUCUUCAUAAAACUGUUUAGACUAUGCUUUCUAUAAUAUAAAUAUACAAAACAACCAGAGUGUUGGCAAUUUAUGUGGGAAUGAGAAACCCCAGACCCAUGAGAUGAUGCCUUUGUUGGACCAGCUAGGCUUUAAAAUACUCGAACUGAGCUUAUUUUGAAAACCUACUUGAUCUAGUGAAAAUAGCAUCCUGUGUUUCUUGUUACACAAAGAAGGCAAAAUUUUUAUUUUAUUUUGCAAAUGGAAGAUUUUGUAUACUUGAAAGACUAUAUACAUACAUAUAAAAAUGGUAGGCAGCAUGAAGGCCUUGAUUUUCUUCUCUGUAUGGCUGCUUGUAUGCAAGUUUGAUAGUGUUAGACAGCUGACACCUUAGCCCAGACACACCUCUUUUGAAAGAGGGUGUCAUUGAUUUACUGUUGAAGCCUACUAAUGGAAUCCUAACCAUGUCUGCUCAGAAUUAAGUUCUGUGGAAUUCAGUGGGGUUAAGAUUGCAGAUUAUGUUGUCCAGUCCACUCCUCUGGUGGUAGUGUUGCUAAUUAUUGUAGUGUAUAUAUAAUUAUUUGUAUAUAAUUUAGUAGCUGCUCUCUCUCAUACUCUUAACAAGAUGUGGAAAAAAGUCUGUAAUAUGAUACCAUAAAAACAGAAUGCCACAAAAGCCAUAAACAGCAGUGUCAUAAUCAGAGUAAAAUAAAUAAGCUGACCAGUACCCAGGCAGUGUUUCAUCUGCUGAUGGAAAGUGUGCAGGGAGGUUGCCGUGUUGAACUCUCUAGUUCAGAGAGUAGGGCAAACACAGAAAAGCUUUACUGUCUCAGAUCCAGGGGUCCACUUCAGCCUUAUAGUUCUGCUUGUCUGGUCCUUUUCUUUUCAGGCCACACCCCUUCUCAAGCUCACAUUUCUCACUGGCCCUGCUCCACGCCUCCCCUUCUAGAUGCAAUGUGUCACUGAACUGUAAUAAUGCCUUUUGCUUGCCUGGAUGGAGGCACACACAUGUAGAAAUAGCUUGACUUCUGAAUGACUGGGCUGUAGCUUCCAGUACAAAGCUACAUGUCAUGUCCCUUGGGCUACCCACCACUGCCAUGUGACCCCCAGAAGGGUGCAGUGCCUCUACUCAGAACAGUGCACAUGAUCAAAUUUAAGCAAUUCUAAAUUCCCAUUUAUUUUUAUUGUCGGACAGCUAAGCACUUGCUGGGACUUAAAAGUGCUUAAUGGGCUGAAUAAUGCCAUAUGAUAGAUAACCUACAAGUUAAGCCUGGGCUUACUUUUGAGGUUAAACUUAACCUUUUGUGUGUGUCUAGAAUUGCAAUUGAGUAGCAUUGUGUUUAUCAGAUUGGGAAAAAUACUACUCUAAUAAUGAAUUACAUCAUUUGUGUACAUUCUAGAAAAAUGCAGAAUUGUAAUUACAGUCGUACCUUGAUUGUUGAAUGGAAUCCAUUCCAGAAGUCCGUUUGACUGCUGAAAACGUUCGACAACCAAGGUGCGGUUUCCCAUUGGCCGCAGGAGCUUCCUGCACUCAGUCGGCUUCCAAAGAACGGUUGCAAAUGGAAAAUUCACUUCCGGGUUUGCAGCGUUGGGAGCCAAAACGUUCAAGUUGCAAGGCAUUCGGGAUCCAAAGUACAACUGUAUUGAUGAAGGAGGAUGUAAAGCUUUGUGCUGACUUUCUGAUAUUCUGUGUCUCUCAGUCUAACCGUGUCUCAUUACUAAUGAAAGGGUUAUGUUCCAUCAGUGAAAUGCUGGCUAUUUGCCUACCAUCACAAAAUGGGAUGCUGGAGUUAAUGCAAUAUAAUGGUGUUGCAGGGGGUCAGACUCUUUGUCCUAGUUUGACCAUUUGUUGACUCUGCUUUUUGCAGCCUGUUCCUUGGGUAUUGCAUCAUGUUCUUUUUCAGGAACAUUAAAUAUAAAAUGUAACAUUUUGAUGUUUGCUGCCUUGAAAGGAAGAGUGGGAUACAAAUUAAUAAAUACCAAUAAUGUAAAAAUGUGCUUAAAGUUUUCAUGUUGGUUAUAGUUGUCAUGAAGUUUGCUUAUUGCUAUACAGUCAUACCUCGGGUUGAAUGUGCUUCGGGAUGAGCGCGUUCGAGUUGCGCUCCGCGGCAACCCGGAAGUAACGGAGCGCGUUACUUCCGGGUUUUGCCGCAUGCACAGAUGCUCAAAAUGACGUCAUGCGCAGAAGCGAUGAAAACCAAUGUGUGCAUGCGCAGACGUGCCAUCACUGGUUACAUUUGCUUCUAGAUGCAAACGGGGCUCCGGAAUGGAUCCCGUUCGCAUCUAGAGGUACCACUGUAUUUUGUAAUAAUGUUUAUUUAAUUACUUUAGAGCAUUUAUAUCUUGCUUUUCAGGUGAUUUCUGAGUUGCUAAUGCAGCUGAAAUACUAAAAAAGUAAUAGAUACAGAAAAUGCAUCCUAUAACAGUAGCAGAACAAUGAUCAAUAAGCCAUAUUUAAAAAUUUCAUAAAACCCAACAUCUAAAAGGCCUGGGUGAAUAAAAACUCUCCAUCCAGCACCAAAGGCAUUGAGCUCUGUGACAGAUGAGCCAUCUCUUCUCACCUCUUGGGGACCUGAAGGAGGGCUUCUGGAGAGGAUCCUGUGUGUAUGAUGCUAGCAUCCACCCACUCCUAACAUCCCCAAUGAACUUUGGUAAAAUUACUUGUUGGAAAUUCGUGGAAUUUUGAUUUUAGCUGAGUCUUUAUCAAUGCAGCUGCACUGCAUUGUAAUGUCUUCUGCAUAAAGCAAAAAUAAAAAUAAAUGAUUAGUUGUCGGAGCAAGAAAGUGUGUUACUCUGGAAGCCAGGCAUAUCAGGAAAUGCUCAGCUACCCUGAUUGCAAUAUGUAGUUCUUUUCCUUGCCUUGUAGCAAAACCCAUCACAUUUCUAAAAAGUAACUUUAAUAUACACCAGAGAUCACUUUAACAUUUAGGACCAGCACAGUGUGGUGUUAAAGUAUUAUUAUCUACAGUCAACUCAAGCACUUGUGACACACUUCUCUGCAGUUUACUGUCAGUGUGGAGCAGCCAGUGAUUGAGGUAAACAAGAUUAUGCUUUUUAUCCUUUUGAGGUUUUACACUUGUCACUGAACUACAGUGGUACCUCAGGUUACAUACGCUUCAGGUUACAUACGCUUCAGGUUACAGACUACGCUAACCCAGAAAUAUUACCCCGGGUUAAGAACUUUGCUUCAGGAUGAGAACAGAAAUCGUGCUCCGGCGGUGCAGCGGCAGCAGGAGGCCCCACUAGCUAAAGUGGUGCUUCAGGUUAAGAACAGUUUCAGGUUAAGAACAGACCUCCAGAAUGAAUUAAGUACUUAACCCAAGGUACCACUGUACUGCUGAUUUUUUAUAUUGGGCAUGUGUUUGGUCGGCUAUUUCACAUCUCAACCUGCAGAAAGUAUCCUGGAAAGAGAACUCUUUGAAUGCUGGAGGGAUGACUUUUAAGGGUGGACAAACAGGCCAGGAUGUUGAGUGUCUGCUGUAGAUUGUGAUAAAAAGUUCCCUCCUCUCUUCCUUUGUUCUACGAACAGGAAUGUCAGGGCGAUAGCAGUACAACUCCCCCUCUGCUGCUCUGCCAAAACUGCUUUUGCAGAGGAAAACCAAGCUGUCAGCAGCUGUGGCUUCUCCUUUCUAAGCACAGCAGCUCCUUUCCCUCCUCCAACUUUUCUCUAUUGUAGAGCAGUUCUGAAAAUGGGGGAGGCAUUAUUUCUCUCUUUGACUCUUAAAUGGUGCCAAUUAUGUAUGCUAGGAUUCUCAGGGGCAUGGAAUUGAAUAACCCAGUUCCUUACAUUCCAUUCUUAAAGGUUUGCUCUUUACUAGGAUUUAAAUCAAGAAUUGAAGCCAUUUCCAAGACUAUAAAUGACAGUAAAACCAACAAAAGCAUGAACUCCUGUGGCCUGAUCUUCAAACCAGGGAUCUGUCUUAAGAAUCUUGAGCUGCUUCUUCCUUCCUUUUAGUAUUUAUGUCACCCUUACAACCACGUUCCCAGAAUGACUUUCAUUUUAGUUGUAGAUGUAAUUUGCCAUAGCUGUUGCUCUCUGUUUUGAGCAAUUUUCCCAUUUUCAAAAAGUUGUGUGUGUGUGUGUGAGAGAGAGAGAGUGCAUCUGUGUUUUUUCAUUCUGUUCUUUCCCUGAUCCCAACUGUGCUGGAUUUAUAUUUUUGAAUUUGUGUCAUUAGUAAAUGGAAUACUGUAUGUUGAAUUGCAAGAUGAUGGAAGAGAAAGAAUGUUCAUACUGUGGUACCUCAGGUUAAGUACUUAAUUCGUUCCGGAGGUCCGUACUUAACCUGAAAUUGUUCUUAACCUGAAGCACCACUUUAGCUAAUGGGGCCUCCUGCUGCUGCCUCGCCGCCGGAGCACGAUUUCUGUUCUCAUCCUGAAGCAAAGUUCUUAACCUGAAGCACUAUUUCUGGGUUAGCGGAGUCUGUAACCUGAAUCAUAUGUAACCUGAGGUACCACUGUACUGUAGACCAGAUUUUAAGAAAGUGAAGUCAAGUUUCCUAAAUUUGCCACUUUAAAAACUUGUGUCCCUUUAGAAAUGUUUUGUACUUAGCAAAAUAGCAAAGUAAUUGUUUGUUUAUUCAAACGUAUAAAACAGGCAUUGCUGAUCAAACAUGAAGUUAUAAGCUGUGUGCAUAGUUGCAUUUUGGGGUUCAUUUUCUCAACUGUCAUAAUAAGUCUGAGUGCAAAACGUUUAAGACGUGGUAUAUUGUUGAAUUCAGAACACCAGCUAGGAAGGAAGCAUUGGGAUGGUGGCUAUAUUGUGUGUAUUUAAAAUGUUUUUUGCGGGGAGAGGAGGGAGAGCCAUAUGCUUAUUCUGUGCUGUAUGUCCCAUUGGCCUGGGAUCAGCAAUACAGUACUGUAAAAGCUUAUUCUUGGAUCUGGAGUGUAGAGUGCUAAUGCAAGCUGGUUGUUGAUACGGAGGGCCAAAUUUGCCAGCAAGUAGUUCAGCUGAACAGUUUGUUCAUAAAGCCAUCACAAUGUGUGUCAAAUUUAAAGGAGUGUUCUUCAAAAUAACCUAGAUUUCUUUUGCUAUCUUCAUCUGCAUGCCGCCUGAGGAGGUCUUUAAACGUUUUCUGUACGUAGUCGUUCAAAAGAUACCACCUUCCUAGCCUGGAUUCUUACUAGGGAGAGAGCAAGACUGAGCCUCGGGCUUGUGCUCCCUAUCGAGUGCACCUGUUUUUCUCACUGCAGGAGACAUGGCUGCCUGAACAAAAAGGUCCUGUGGUUAUUGCAAUGUAGAAUCUUCCCUGAUUCCAGGCAGAUAAGCACUCUUUAACAGUGCUUGGUCUCCCAGAAUAAGGAAGAUAUAAAAAGGUAAAGGGUAAAGAGACCCCUGAUCUUUAGGUCCAGACGUGGCCGACUCUGGGGUUGUGGCGCUCAUCUCGCUUUAUUGGCUGAGGGAGCCGGUGUACAGCUUCCGGGCCAUGUGGCCAGCAUGACUAAGCUGCUUCUGGUGAACCAGAGCUGUGCACGGAAACACCGUUUAUCUUCCCGCCGGAGCAGUACCUAUUUAUCUACUUGCACUUUGACGUACAUUCAGAUAAUUAAGACCUCCUAAGUUGGAUGUUCUGCUCUCUCCCCAUUGAGAAUAGAAAGGGAGGGAGUGCAUGAGCUGUCAGCAUGCUUCUGUUCUCUCCCUUGUGUACAGUCCAAAAUGGGAUAUAAGUAACGUAUGAAUAAGGGACGCGGGUGGCGCUGUGGUCUAAACCACUGAGCCUAGGGCUUGCUGAUCAGAAGGUCAGUGGUUCGAAUUCCCACGACGGGGUGAGCUCCUGUUGCUCAGUCCCAGAUCCUGUCCUCCUAGCAGUUCGAAAGCACGCCAAAGUCAAGUAGAUAAAUAGGUACCGCUCCGGCGGGAAAGUAAACGGCAUUUCUGUGCGCUUCUCUGGUUCGCCAGAAGUGGCUUAGUCAUACUGGCCACAUGACCCGGAAAAACUCUGCGGACAAACUCCCUUGUCGGCUCCCUCGGCCAGAGCACUGCAACCCCAGAGUCGUUUGCAACUGGACUUAACUGUCAGGGGUCCUUUACCGUUUUAACUUUUGAAUAGGCCCUAGGAUGUUUUUGCUGUGAGAUGCCUCCACUUAAUUUACCUUUAUUAUAUAUGCAUGAAUAGCAAGAUUAUGUUUUUACUUCCAUAUCAGUGAUAUUGUAAAAUAAUUUGCUGCUUCCUUGUCAUGGCCACCACACAAAUGGAGUUGCUCACAUCAGUAUGUAAGAAAACUCAGUUUUUGGAAGAACACGUAGCACAUAUAUACUAAUGUAGUUGCUCUUGUCUAAUAGAUACAUUUUUUAUGCAAGAUAAUCCCAAAAGAUAAAAACUGGGGUAUACAGGGGUAUAGGUAGAUAACUCUUGACUAAAAAAAUAGUUCAGCCAGUGCCCUUAGCUCCACAGAGUUACAGUGGUACCUCAGGUAACAAACACUUUGGGUUACAAAUGCUUCAGGUUACAGACUCCGCUAACCCAGAAAUAGUACCUCGGGUUAAGAACUUUACUUCAGGAUGAGAACAGAAAUCGCGCGGCGUCAGCCGGAGACCCCAUUAGCUAAAGUGGUACCUUAGGUUAAGAGAGGACCUCUGGAACGAAUUAAGUUCUUAACCAGAGGGUCCACUGUUCAUGGUGCUUUUGGCACCUUUAAUGGCUUAGAGAUUUUUAAUAUAUUUUACACAAAUAGGGCUGGGUGAGAUCUGGUUUUCAACAUCUUGAUAUAUUACCAGCUAACCAUCACGAUAUACCAAUAUAUCAUGAUGUCUGGAAUAAGGAGGAAGGAGGAAAUAAGGUGGGGAAGAAGAAGCAACCAAGAGUUGAUUCCUGGAUAUGGACUUCAAACUGGUUUUGGACGAUACAUCACCCAGUCCUUGUGUUGUAAUCUGGUCUCUGCAUAUCGGCCAUGCAAGAGCCAGGCAGCUACAUGGCACGAUUCUCCACUUCCGUUGCACAUAAGGAGGGAGUGGGCAGGAGGAGUGACCAGGAGGAAGGAGGCAGCCCACUUGCUAGGAUACAAGCAGGCGGGCGCCGGGUGGGAAAUUUCUUGAGCUCCCUCUGCCAGGAAGUGAGUGGGAAUUCAUGAUAUAUUGCCAGGUCAAAAAUUCUGAAACCAUUAUUGUGAUCUGGACUUCUAAUUGGUUUUGGAUGAUGUUUCAACAUGUCUCCCAGGCCUCCACACAUGGGUACAGACAAGGGAAAAUAAACAGUGAGGGGAAAGGCUGUGAAAUGCAAGAGAUUCUAGACAUGCAUUUUUCCCCCUUCUGUGUAUGGUGUGUGUAGAACGCAACCGUCAUGGCUAUGUAUUACCUCUGUUAUUGGAGGCAGUAUGUCUCUGAAUGCCAGUGGCUAGGAAUCUCACAAGUGGAGAAAGUGCUGUUUGCUUGCAGGCUUCUCACAGGCAUCUGACCUGCCACUGUGAGAACAGGAUGUUGGACUAGAGGAGUCCAGAAGCACUCUUCUUAGGAUCUUAUAUAUACUUUUCUAACUGAAGGUAGCACUUCAUGCAUCAGUAGAAGUGCACACUAAAGCUUAUGCCAUAAAACAUCUGUUAGCCUUUGAAGUGCCCUAAGACUCAUUGUGUUAGCAUGGAGGGAAAUUCUCACCCAGCCCACUUCCAAGCAUUUGUCUUGGCUUCUUAAACUUUACCAAAGAACUUGCACCACCAACUGCUUUAUCUUUUCACUUGUUUCUUUUUUUAGGCCCUAUGAGAAAAAGGGAAAGCUAAGGAUGCUGGAGCAGAACAAUGGAUUUCUCCUUCUCUUUCAUGCAAGGGAUCAUGGGAAACACAAUUCAGCAACCACCUCAACUCAUUGACUCGGCUAACAACCGCCAAGAGGAUGCUUUUGAUGCCAGCAGUGACAUCACUGAAGAUGGUAGUCAGACGCCAUAUGAAGCUGCUCUUGCCUUGCAGCAAGGUUUUCAGUACCCUACGCCAACAACGGAGGAUCUUCCACCCCUCAUUAAUGGAUUUCCACCAAUUGGCAUGUAUGAACCCCAAGCCAAAUAUCAGCCAUAUAGUCAGUAUCCUAAUGGUUCAGCCAAUGGCUUUGGCACUGUUAGAAACUUUAGUCCACCAGAGUAUUACCACAUGGAGAACUCUAGCAUAAGGCCACAUGAAAAUCUGGAAAAACCAUCUCCUCCACAGCAGCCACCUCCUUCAGUAUCCCAAACGGUGAUUCCAAAGAAGACUGGUUCACCAGAAAUCAAAUUAAAAAUAACCAAAACUAUCCAGAACGGCAGGGAAUUGUUUGAGUCCUCUCUGUGUGGGGAUCUUUUAAAUGAAGUACAAGGCAGUGAGUAUGCGAAGUCAAAACAUGAAGGGAGAAAAGAGAAAAGGAAAAAAAGUAGCAAGCAUGACUCUUCCCACUCAGAAGAGCGCAAAUCACAUAAAAUUCCAAAACUGGAGCCAGAGGAACAAAAUGUAAGUGAAAACUGAAUUUUAGCCUUUUCCUCCAACACUGAUUUUAUUUUCUUUGUUUUUGUUUACAUGUUGAAAGAUUAUCAAAGCAUCUACAGUUAGGCAGCACAGUUAAGAUUGAUUAGUGGUUUUCUUUCCUGAACAGUUCACCAUUAUGGAUCUCUCAUUUUUAAAUUAUUUUUUAUCUUGGUGGAUUGCUCUUUAUUGCAAAAACAGAAUUUGGAUUUUCUUUGCGUAAAGUAUGCAAAUUCCCAUAAUGAUCUGUCAGAAGCUUGACAUCCUGACAGAGCAAAAUUGUCCUGAUCAGUGACAUAAUUUUUCUUUCAGUGAUUUUAUUGUUACUGAGGGAAUGACUCUCCUAAAGCUGCAUCAAACUUUUUCUUUAAGAAAAGUUUGGUAUUUUUAGAUUCAGUAUAAAUCACUUCAAGCUUUCUGUCUCUUAACAACCAUUCCUUGCCUUCUCUUUCUUCUUGUGUUAAUUAAUUUCUUAACUGUACAUACAAGGGGUAGCUCUGUAUAAAGGAAGCCUCUUUUAAUAUUGUAAAUUUAUUUCCUUCUGUAUAAUUAACAGAAGAUAACGCAGUUAAUUUAUACUUGUUGCAUGUGAUAAGAAUUGCUGGAAGUAGUAAAUAUAAUCUUCUGUGCCAAGGGCUUUAGAAUAAUAUUCUGUAAGAUUCAGUGGAGCAAAGGAGAAGGCAAGGGGGAUUUUGGAGCAAUUCAAAGCUUUUUUUCUAUUCUGUAGUGUGAUGCCAUGCAUGUUUACUCACAACUCCUAUUGUAUUUAUUGUGACAUGUUCUCAGGUGAGUAUGUAUAGAGUUUUGCAGCUAAGCUACUUGUUUGGUGGGCUUGACUUCAGGGCUCCAGCUUUUCAUUUUGAUGCACAAAUCCAUGAAUGGCCAACCUGAAGCACCAAAGCCACAAGUCUGGCACCUUUAGACUGAAGCAGGUGCACUUCUGGCUUCCCAUAGUCAGGCAGAUGCCUGCUCCUUAGCUCAGAAGAUGAAAGGAAAAACUGGCCCAAGCCAUGGGUGGGGAGGGGCUGAGCUGUAUAGGAGCUGUAGUUUGGACUGGAAAGGCAUUCUUAUACAGUGGUACCUCGGUUUAAGAACACUCCGGUUUAAGAACAAUUCGGUUUACAAAUUCCGCUAAGCCGGAAAUAGUGUCCUGGUUUGAGAACUUUACCUCGGUCUAAGAACAGAAUCUGAAUGGUGGGUGGGUGGCAGGCCUCAUUAGGGAAAGCACGCCUUGGUUUAAGAACGGUUUUGGUUUAAAAACAGACUUUCGGAAUGGUUUAAGUUUGUAAACCAAGGCACCACUGUACUGUAAAAUGGACUUGUGGUACACGUAGUUGGUGAACCAUGUUUGCCACCUCCAGCUGUUGCCCAGUUAGUGUUGACCUGUGACAGGACCUUCUCAAUGUUCAUUCCCCAUUUGUGGAAUGCCCUUCCUGGUGAGCAGUGUCUGUAGUAUUUCUUGACUUUAAGGAGAAAUUUAAAAACACCCAGGUAAUUGAUGGCUGAAAGAUAUUGGCCAUUACAACUUUGAAAUUCGUAAUUAUGAGGGUAUGUAACUGCUUUUAGAUGGUUUUUAAAUUGUUGUGAAAUGUUUUAAAUAAGUUUUUAUUUUAUUUUAAAUUGUAUUGUUUUAACUUUUUGAAGUUUGCCACCCUGGACUCCUUUGGGUGGAAGGGCAGGAUAGAAAUGUAAUUAAUAAUGAUAAUAUAGUUAGGCAUAUAGAGCAGGGGUCGGCAAGGUUUACCUCGCCUGGGCCAGUUCAGUCCUGCUGAGAUCCCUCGUUGGACUGGAUAGCGUGCACGCGCCUGCGAUUUCCGGCAUCUGCGCAGACGCAAUUUCCGGCGCUGCGGAAGCCAGUCCCCGUGCCAUGCUGUGCCAGUUUAGCACAGCACACGGGGACUCACCGAGUGGGCGGCUUGGUUCAGGGGCGGCUCACGGGCCAGUUAAAUGACCCCCGUGGGCCUCUUGUGGCCCAUGGGCCUUAGGUUGCCAACCCUUGAUAAGGAGUUUAUGGUGGGGUUAGGGAAGGGAUAGUACCUGGGGGGGGGCACAUUGUGCUCCUUCCGGGGUAGUGGGUCCACCUUUGCUCCACACUCUGCACUCAGCUCUCACCAGUGGCUCCUAGAAGCUGUCAGCAUACAAUAGCGGCCACACUGCAAUAAUGGCUUCAACUGGCCAGCUAAACCAGGUGAGGGUAGCCAAUGGGUCUCAAACCCUCAGUGAGUUAGGGGCUUCCUCUGCAUGUGAAGACAGUCUCUGGCGAAUUCAGCAGAUGAGACCAAUAGUGGGCCCAACAGUCAAGAAGGCAGUUUCUGCCCAUUCUAUAAAGGGAAGUUCAGGGGCUCAUGAACCUGGGAAGGUAGCCCAUCUAGGAGAAGGAACACUCUGAUUCCAAACCUCUGCUGCCUUGCAGAGUAUCUUCAGGAGAAUAAAAAGCUAAGGAGUAAACCCUAAAGAAAUCCAGAGUGGAGCCCCUUAGAUGGUUGGGUGGCGCCUUGUAUGCCUCCUUCUGGCAAGUACUGUAACCCAAAACACGGGUGGCACUGUGGUCUAAACCACUGAGCCUCUUGGGCUUGCCAGUCGUAAAGCCAGGAGUUCGAAUAUGCGCAGUAGAGUGAGCUCCUGUUGCUUUGUCCUAGCUCCUGCCAACCUGGCAGUUCAAAAGCAUACCAAUGUGAGUAGAUAAAUAUGUACUGCUGUGGUAGGAAGAUAAGUGGCAUUUCUGUGCCUUCUGGCACUCGUCACGGUGUUCCAUGGGCCAGAAGUGGUUUAGUCAUGCUGGCCACAUGACCCGGAAAGCUGUCUGUGGACAAACGGCAACUCCCUCAGCCUGAAAGCAGAGAUUGGUGCUGCACCUCAAAGUUGAAUUCGACUGAACUUAACCUUCCAGGGAUCCUUUACUUUUACCUUUACUGUAGACAAGUUGGUCCCAGUCAUACUGCUCUGCUUCCUUUGGACCACAUCGGCGAGGCUGAGAGGGGGGUCUUGACGUCUGGGAAGCCCAGGACCCCCAUACACACAGCCAAAGCCAUACACACUGCACCACAGAAGGUCAUUUCAGUGCUGCUAAUACAGCAGGUUGACUCCCCCCUCCAAAGGCGCAUUCCAUUGUCUCUUGAGACAGACAGAUGCCAAUAAUAAUAAUAAAUUUUUAUUUGUAUCCCGCCCUCCCCAGCCAAGGCCGGGCUCAGUGCGGCUAACAACAGUAAAAUGAUAAAACAUUCUAAAAUCAUUUCAUUAUAAAAUUAAUUCAAAUCAAAUUGAUGGCAACCAUUGGGCUAGAGUUCUGUGAAGAUUGCCAAAGGAGGGGGUCAGGCUGUGCUUUGGCCGAAGGCCUGGUGGAACAACUCUGUCUUGCAGGCCCUGCGGAAAGAUGUCAAGUCCUGCAGGGCCCUAGUCUCCUGUGACAGAGCAUUCCACCAGAUUGGGGCCAUGGCCAAAAAAGCCCUAGCUCUGGUCAAGGCUAGCCUAACCUCCCUGUGGCCCGGGACCUCCAAGAUGCUUUUGUUUGAAGACCGUAAGGUCCUCCGUGGGACAUACCAGGAGAGGCGGUCCCUUAGGUAUGAGGGUCCUAGGCCAUAUAGGGCUUUAAAGGUUAAAACCAGCACCUUAAACCUGACCUUAAACAACAGUUACACAUAUGCAUGCUUUCUGCGCGCUUUUCGCAUUGAGCACAGCAUGAUUGUUCCAUGUGGCAUUGCUAAAGCUCCAGCUGAGGUUGUUUUGAUUGUGGGUGUUGAAAGGGCAACUUGGAAAGUUGAUCCAGUGGAACUUGCUUUGAGAGGUACUCCAGGCUCCAUUUUGCAUUCUUACACACGACUGUUCUUUGCCACAUUUAGGAGAACACACAACAAACAUUUUGUAUGGUAACUCAUGCUUAUAGGAAAACAGCCAGUUCAACAUAGCUUCACAAACAGGUAGCAAAAUCUGUUCUUCGUUACUCUUUAAAUAACCCUUUAAAUUUUGGAAUCACCACAGCUUCAUACUUGUAUACAUUAACUGCCUCAAAGUUUAGGGGAACAUUUAUCUUGACUUGUUUUAAUGUGCUGCCUUUUGCACUGUUAAGUGGACAAUUGACGGUUAAUGAACCAUCCUCUUUGUGUGGAGCUGGAGUGAUAGAAUCUGUUGAUCCUGUUCUUUUGCAUUGUAAUGUGUUUAGUGAGUGUAGAGAGAAGUUGAUUCUUUCUCUACUAAGAAUUCUUCUGGGAAUACCUCACGAUUUGGUGUUGUUCUGCUUAAGGGAAGUUUCCUCCCAUAUUACUGAGCAGGUUGCCUGAUUUUUUCUGACUUCAGUGCAGAUAAGGAUAAAUUUUCUCCUAGCUUCUUGAGAGGAAAAAUGUAUAUAUAGUACAAUUGCAUCAUGUGUGAGCGGUAUGGUCCAGCUGUGUUCCUUUGACUGGACUUAACUGUCCAAGGGACCUUUACCUGCACCUUUUACCUUAUAUGCAAAAGCAUGUGUACUCGGACCACCCACUUAGAACUCCCCCCCCCCCGCAUGAUCAUCAGUACUUUUCCAGAGCUGUCCGCUAAGUGGGCCUAGUCCCCUCUCUCGCCCCCAAGCCCAGUAAGCAAACUGGAGAGCUUAAAGUCUUUCUGCACCAGGAAAACUGUGCACAAAAAGCACUUUUAAGCUCUCCUCCUUCCAUUUGGGAAAGCCGUGUUAAGAGUUCUGCCUGUGCCAUGAUCUUGUUUUGUGACCUUCAUCAGUUUGCUCUCAGCCUUGGUUCUCUGUCAAUUAAAGAAAACCGCAGUAGGCUCCAAAGAGCUGCCUAUACUGGCCCAGUGUAAUCCUUGCUUUUUCCUUUUCAAACCAUUGACAAACACAGACACCCCACAGUGCCAUGGUACAAAGCAAAACUUGAAAUCCCCUGCGUUUUAGAAGUAAUUUGACUUGGGUGGUUGCUGUUUGGAGAAAACCACAUCUAAAGUCUCCUCAGCAUCACAGUUCUUUGGAGCCCAUAGUAGAACAAAAUGAUAAUUAAAUUACAGAGUUUUUUUGCAAAUUCAAAGUAUACAGAAUUUAUAGUAUCCCCCCCCCAUGGGCUGUGGCAGUCAAGCCAGUUUCAGGACAGUUAAAUUAACAGCUUAGUUAGCCCUGCAGUCUGUAGAGAGAAGACAUUCUCAUAGCUCCUUUAUAAGGUUCACUUCUUCUCAGUCACUUACCGUAUUUUUCGCUCUAUAGGACGCACUUUUUCCCCUUCAAAAAUGAAGGGGAAAUGUGUGUGCGUCCUAUGGAGCGAAGACGCCAUAGCCCCUGACCUGCUCUUUGGGGCUGGUGGUGGGCUUCCCCCCGCCAGCCCCAAAGAGCAGGUCGAAAGGAACCUGAAGCCUGGAGAGCGAGUGGGGACAGUGCACACCGACCCCUAUCGCUCUCCAGGCUACCAAGGUAGCCGCCUGAACUCACCUUAACGGCACCUUGUUUUAGAGCGGGAAAACAAGAGGGGGAAAGUUCUCCCCCUCUCUGUGCAGCGCCUCCUGCCGCUUCACUGAAGGGGCGCUGGGCAGAGAGGGGGAGAAUUUUUUUUUCUUGUUCUCCCCCCUCUAAAACAAAGUGCGUCCUAUUGUCCGGUGCGUCCUAUGGUGCGAAAAAUACGGUAGUUCCUUCCCUUCAGUCUUAAAAUGUUCACUGCUAAAGUGUUGCUUCUUCAGGGAAAGCUGGAAAGUUUUUUGUUUUUAAAGAGGAUCAAGACUAAGGCAACUCAUGGGGAAGAGAACCUGGGUUCAUGAGUGGGGAACCUUUUUCAACUCAAGGGCUACUUUUUCUGGGGCCAUUUUUCAGUGCUGGGUGGGGCCAAAAUUGGUGGAGCAGUGAAUGUAAAUUUUACCUUUCUACAGCAGACUAGUUUCUGCUCACAUUCUCACACACCCCUCUAUCCUCCAUCCAGGUAGCUUAGAGACAUUAUCGGAGCACAAGGACACAUUCCAGUCAAUCCAAGGCAUUCAGGAAGGGUGCAGAACCAAGCGGGUGAGAGGCAUGGCCCAGCGAGAGGGGCUGUUCCCAGGAUGGAAGUGUGGCAGGAUAGACUCUGAAAGGCCAGAAAGAGAAGUUGCCAGGCUUAAGGGUUCCCAUUCCUGUUUGAGUUAGAGAAACAUCAAGCUUUAUUUUUGUUAAGGUGCUCUAAAAAUUGUUUACUAUGAAAUAAAAGUGAGUAUUGGUAUAAACUGGGAAUUAUAUGUUCAUAGCUUAGCUCAGCUUGGCAUAUGGCUCUUGCCAAGCUACAGUAGAAUUCUAAGACGUUGUCAAGGUAGAUCGUAGAUUUUAAGCAAUUUGUUCCGUGUAAAUACGGAACAGUAUUAUUACUGAUGGUGAAUAAUCUCUUCUGCUGACUUUAUUAUUAUCAUUUGCAUGAACCCAAGCGAGUGGUAACUAAGCCUCACCAAGUUUUCUUAAUUUAGUAACAAGAACAAAGGUUUAUACAGGCACUGUGAUUCUUGGGCAAGCAAUUUGGCCUGCCUGAGAUUACACAACCCCAUGGAAACAAGGUGACAAUACAUUUCAACACAGUGUAGAGAGAGAAAUUUAGCCAGAAAAAUAAAUUUUCAAAAGCUUGCAAUUUACCUUUCCAUCUCCAGUAACAUUAGACUGAGUUGGCCUCAAUUGCCUCUUUCCCUAUUCAUGUUUCUAAAUUUAUGUCCUUCUCUGCUGCUACAACUAAUCCAUGUUUAUUGAUACUCCAUUGUAUUCUACAAAUACCUUUAAAGGGGUUCUGUGGGGUUUCAUAGGACCUCUUCAUAUCUAAUCACAAUGGCCUUUCAGCCUGGAAACAGGCUGUGAGUUUAGAUGAAGCUGAUAUUGCAGUUGGUUGCAUGUUGUGUUUUUAUUGGGAAGAGAAAGGUAAAGGGGGCCUGUUCCUCUGUGGGCCUAUUCCUCUGUAGCAUCAGGAAGAAAUUUGAUUGUACAUAGAGUGCUUCAAACACUUGGGUUGAAUGCUGUAAUUGUGUGUGCAAUUUGUACAGUGCUGCCAAACGUAGCUGAAAACAUAAACGAGAAGCUGUAUCACAAUCAUAGUAAACUUCCCAUUGGCAAAAUAGUUCUUAAAAUUUUAGCUGAACUGCCUGUCUGCCAACGAGUUUUUCAUUUGCAACAGAAAAUGAAAUAUGGAUAUGUUGAAUUGUAAGGAUGCUUUUCUAUCUCUUAAGUUGAAGUAAUUGUUUGUUGAACUUGUAAGAAGGUUGUCAAGUCUGGCCACAUUAAAUUGGAUUUCUGGUUCAAGAUGUGAUAGUUCUAAAGACUUAUUUCUGGUUCAAGAUGUGAUAGUUCUAAAGACUGAACGUACUUAAUUUAAAUCCAAAUACAGUUAGCAACCUUGUUUAGAAGUUAAACUGCCUUAGGAAAUUUUGAAUUUACCUCAGUCCCCCUCCCCUCGUGGUUGACUUACAUCAUGCAUGCCGUUCACUUCUCUGUGUGCUUCAAUGGACUUCAUUGCCACUGACAGUGAAAUAACCUCGCUUUGAGGUUAGUAUGUAUAAAAGUGUGUUGUCCAAAAGAGAACCUUUUUUGUUUUAAUUGUCAACAAACUUGCAUAUAACAGUUCAAAAAUAUAAAUGGCAUAUCAGUUGUCCUGCCUCUCUUUUCCUGUACUUCUCUGACCUGUGUCUUAUUAAUGUAGAUCUCCAGAGCAGUUAGGAGUCUGUGGCUCGAACUGAAUUCUAAAAUAAACUGGGACAUCACUACUGAGGAUGUGACCCAGACUCUUCUGAUUUUGUUUCUCCUGUAUUUUCCCCCCUUUCCAUCUUCUUUAUUGUUGUUCUGUUUUGACUCUUAUCUUUUUGUUUGCCUUUGUUCACAGAGACCAAAUGAAAGGCUGAGCACACUGUCUGAAAGACCAAGGGAAGAAACUAAGCUGACGGAUGAAACCCUGGUGAGCAGAGUCAAAUCCUCUGGAGUUCUGACUGCAGAAUUUUCAAGCUGAUCCAGUAUGAUGUAGGGGUUGGAGUAGCCUUUCUCAACCUUGGGUUCCCAGGUGUUAUUGGAUUGCCACUCCCAUCACCCCUGACUGCUGCCCCUGCUGGCUGUGGAUUAUGGGAGUUUUAGUCCAACAAUAUCUGGAGAUUGUGGAAGCCUGGGUUAGAGUGUUGGACUGUGACCUGGGAGACCCCACUGGGUUGUGAAGCUCACUGGGUGACCUUGAGCUAAAUACCAUUUCUCAGCCUAACCUACCUCACAGGGUUGUUGUGAGGAUAACAUGGGUGGCAGAGAAGAACCAAGUACACCAUCUUGAGCUUCUUGAAAGAAAAGGUGGUAUAUAAAUUGUAAUAAAAAAAUAAAUCUGCUUUCAGAUAAAGGGCUUCAUUGCCAGAUGCAUGGGUAGCCUGCAGGACACAGAAGUAUUUGGGUAGGGUGUGGAACAGGUAAGCCUGGGUGAAAAUGGAGUAGUGUUUCUCAAAAGGGUGCAAGGCAGGAGAAAGAAUGGAAGACCAACAUGUGUUCUUAUAUGGUACAUGUAUAUAUCACUUCUGCACCAUCUUAGAAGAGGUUGUCUCUCUUCACUGCACACAGUGGUCAAAUAAGUGUGGGUACCUUUUUAGCUUCAGUCCUAAUUCAGUAGGACUUCAGUGUAGACAUGGUGAGUUUUGCAGUAUAAGUUACUUUCAGUGGCUUUAGAAUGAUGAAUCUAACUGAAGAAUUGUUUAAAGACUGUAGCUCUACUAAAGGAGAAUGAGGGCAACUCCACAGAGUUUGAUAUACUCUGCUUUUCUUGCACCUAUACCAGUGGGGGCAGGGAGAGAGAUUGUCAUAUAUAUUUUUGCUGGGCUGUUCUUGUAAAAGGUCUGUUCAUUCACAUGUUUGGUAGUAUUUGAUAUAUGUACAGAAUAUCUGGUACACAACUUUUCCUUUUUUGUGCAGGUCCAGCAAAUCUCUCCUCCUCUUCCAACACAAGUAGCAAGCGAUAUCAAGUUUGAGGUUGGAGAUCUGGUCUGGUCCAAAGUGGGAACAUAUCCUUGGUGGCCUUGCAUGGUUUCAAGUGAUCCACAACUUGAGGUUCAUACCAAAAUUAACACAAGAGGUAAGUAGCUAAAACUUAGUAGGUUUGUUAGAAACUUGUUUGGAAUUGCUAAUGCACUUGAUUACUUCGUUAGGGCUUUUCUUAAACUCAGAUUUAAAAAUGUAUAGGUUGUUUUCAGUGCUAGUCCUACUCAGAGUAGACAUGUUGAAAUUUACACACAUGGGGCUUCUCUGAGUGGAAGUUAGUGUUACACAAACCCAGGAGUAGCAUAUCUGAAUGAUUGCCUUAUUGUUCUAGUGGUACUGCAAUAAAACUGCUAGCCCAUGUUCAAAGCUAUGCAGGGUCCUGUAUGCUUUUAAAUUGGAUGGGGGACCUCAGAUGAGCUGAGAUUCUUGCAUUGCAGGGGGCUGGACUAGAUGACCCUCAAGGUCUCUUCCAGCUCUACAAUUUGAUGAUUCUAUUGGCUGUAUAGGAAUGAGAUUGGCUGCAGAUGAUGCAAAGAAUAUGAUAAUACAUUAGUGAUAAUUAUUAAUUAGACAUGCAUGCCUGUGGUAUAUUGCUGAGAUCACUUUAUAUACAUUGUCUUAGUAUUUAAGUACAGUGGUACCUCGGGUUAAGAACUUAAUUCGUUCUGGAGGUCCGUUCUUAACCUGAAACUGUUCUUAACCUGAAGAACCACUUUAGCUAAUGGGGCCUCCCACUGCCACGAGUUAGCAGAGUCUGUAACCUGAAACGUAUGUAACCCGAGGUACCACUGUAUAUUUAUAGCCUACAUUUCUUCCAUUUAUGGAACUCAGGGUGGCAUAUGUUUAUUUGCUACUUCUCCACAAAAUUGUGCUUGUAGCAUAUCAAAUGAACAAUACAACAAUUCAGAAACAUAUUAGAAACAAUUCAGAUUUAUCAUAAUAAGUACAAAAAGUCAGUCCCUAUAACAAUAUAUAAAAGCAACACAAAUAGGCUAAUCCAAUUUAAAAGCUUGAACUAUAAAAUUGCAUAAAACAAAACAAAAAAAGCAAGCCUAAUUAAAUAACUUAAACUUAACAGAACAAUCUUAAACAGAACAAAAAUCGAAUAGUAGCAUAUAAAGUAUCCCAUAUUUCAGAUGGUGCCUUUGUAUCCAGUGGUUUACUUCCCAGACUCAAUUUUCAAACCCCGAAGAUCUCCAUCACAUCUCACACCUGGGCUAGUGCUGGCAUUCCCAGCCAGGCUCUCAUUCAGAAGGGCAUUUUGCCCACCCAUUAUUGUGGGCUCUCACCCCUCACAGUUCCCCAUAAAUUUCCUUCCACAGUCUCCUAUGGCUGAGGGCCAUAAACAAGGUUUCUUGAAGUGGCACCUUUGCACCUGUGGUUGCCCCCAAGCUGGUGAAUUCAGGAAGUCUCCUAUCCAGGCGUCAGCUGCACUCUAAGCUGCUUAGCUUCAGCAAGGUGGCUGCUUCAUGAGUUUUCAGACCACGCAGGACUAGUUUUUGCAUGUAGCACAGUAAAGACAACUGCACAAAGUGGGGAUGGGCAACUUGUAGCCUCUGAAGCUGUGGCUCCUGAGGUCUUUCCAAAUUUUAGAUGAUAGAAGGAUUGCACACCAUUCCAUUAGGAGAGGGGUAGGAGGGUGGAAUUGACAAAUAUCCUGUACUUUAUUGUAGCUCUCUUAGAUUUCAUAUGCAACUGAUUACUACUGUGCAAUUUUCUUCCUGAGCUACAUAACUGUGAAGCUCUUAAAGCCAGGAGGUGCCAACUUUGUUAUGGACCCUGACCUAUUUGUGAGGGGAUUGAUUUGGUGAUAUCUGACUUAAAGCAUAUUCCAGUUUUAGGCAUGCUAUGGCCUGGCUAUUGCAUUUUAAAAGCCCAAAUAUACUUACCUUUCUUGCCACAACUCAAAGUGGGAUCAGUAUUAUUUUUCACAAAUUGUAGACUGAAGACUGAAAGUAAGUGGUUUGCUUAAGAGUCCUUAGUGAAUUGUAUCUGACUGUAGAGCCUUUUUGCUCCUUACAUAGCUUUGUAAACAGUUUUGGGGGAUGGUCUCACAUUUUUCCUUGGAUCCAGGGGAGUUGAAGGAUCUCACAGAUCAUUCCCUGAAGGCUCACUUUUUAAUGGACAUGUUGGUUAUGUAAAUCAUACUAGUUUCUGGAUACCACGGGAGGGGGAAAGGGCUUUUGUGCUUUAAUUCUGCUUGCUGGUUUCCUACAGGCAAACUGUUCAGCUACUGUGAGAACAGGAUGCUGGACUAGAUGGGCUAUUGGCCUGAUCCAGCAAGGUAUUCUUACAUGUUCUUAACAGUUGUGGGGAAGCCUAAGAAGCUUCUAAAAUUAACCUCUCUGAAGCAGCUAUUUGCAUUUCAAGGAUGGACCCCUUUGGCACUGAUGUGAUCUUCCUUUGAAGUAAAAAAGCAGUUUCAACAUCCCUUCCCUACCACCAACCUCAUGUCCCAAGACGUAAGAUUUUUCUGUGGCUGUGCACACAAUGAAAAUACAUGUUGAUAACAUUCACAUACCAUAAUUAAUGUUGUGUCAAGUUCGGCCCACAAGAGAAAUUCUGUCAAGACAUUUUGUCAGGAGUUAAGGAGAGGAAGAGGGGAUGGGGGUGUUUGGUAGCUUCUCCUUGCCCACCCCUUGUUGCCCAGCAACUUAUCGGCCUUGGCAUUCCUUGGCUGUUGCUGGGUUUUACCUUCUGCAAAUCCCAUGAGAAGUAGGAGGUGGAGAAGGCUGAAAACAGCUGGCCCUUAUCAGGCUGAUUGGCCCACAGGCUGACAAGCGAUGUACUGCCAAGGUCUCUUCUCUGGUGAAGUGCUGUCUGGACAUUUGCCAGGAUGCCAGGAAAGCAAGAGCUGAGGGCUUCCACCUGGCCCCUCCCAUAGCCCCGCAACACACUGGCCUUGGUUGUUGCUGGAGUUCACCUGAUGCAGUCUCUGAGAGAGUGGGCUGCUCUUGAGUCAUGCUGGGGGUAUACUUCCAGCUUGGCCUCUCACCAACUAUCCAUUUUUUUUCUGUGCAGCUUAAAAAAUGGUGUGGAGGAUAUUUUUCUAGAAAGUGAUGGGAAAAUUUCUCAGCAGAAUGCUUUCUUUCAAUUUCAGGUGCACGGGAAUAUCAUGUCCAGUUCUUUAGCAACCAGCCUGAGAGAGCAUGGGUGCAUGAGAAGCGGGUGCGAGAGUACAAAGGACGUAAACAGUACGAUCAGUUGGUGGCAGAGGCUGCUAAGCAAGCCAACCACUCUGAAAAACAGAAGGUGUGUACAGUCUGAAAUGACAACAGUUUAUUUUACCAGCGGGGUGAGAGGAUAAUUGUUGGGACAGAUUCAGAUUGAUGUUGUUUUCCUGUUUAUGCCUUGGCAGCCAGUUUUUUACAGGGCUUGCAAAUUGCUCCAUGGCCUUGCUGUCUCAGGGAAGAAGAGCCAGCAAGAGUGCCAGCAGCCCUUAAGGCAAAGGAAAUAGGAAGACAUGGAUAUGGUGAUGGUCAGCCCUGGCUCACCUGGUCUCAAGCCCUACAUCAGCUGUGGCUCAACAUACAUAGUUUGCCAUUUGUAUUGUAUUACAUACAAAAUACCAUUAAAAAAUCUACAACAUUUGCUGUUUCCUUUAAAGUUAAUUUUACUGGUGCACAUUCCAUAUGUAGCUUUUUAAAAAUUAAAAGCCAUAUGGGUGCACCUUCCAUCUGUCUGCUUGAGUAAUUUCAUAAUAAUUUAAUGAAGGCAGUUGUGAUUUGGGUAUGUCAGGGAGGAGAUUUAGCAGGAUGGUGUGGGGAUGGUUUAAAGGUACAGCCUUUGUACCUCAUUGUAGGUACAGCCUAGAUUCAGCCUUCCCAGACUAUUCCUUAAACUUAAGUUUUGAAAACUCAUGCUGCCUACCCUAUUCAGCAGCAACACUGACUUAUAGUUUUAUCUAAUAUAUUGAUGUGCAUAUGUUUCCAAUCAGGGAUAUUAUCAAAAGUAUAGGGAGUUCUGGGUACUUGGGUCAGUCCACUAGUAUGAGAGGGGCACAAUGGGUAUUUUGAGGUCUGAAUACUUUAGAUGCUUGUAGUGCAUUUUGAACAUUUCCUUCUAAUGUUUCCCACUUCGUGCUAUCCUGUUAGCACUGACGGAUUCAGUUGUAACAAACAAAACAACAGCAAUUAGGCAUGCUUUGUAGGUGAAAAUGAGUAAAUGCAAUAACCAUCUCUCCUUUAUUUUGAAGAUUCGGAAACCAAGGCCACAGAGAGAACGUGCACAAUGGGAUAUUGGCAUUGCUCAUGCUGAGGAAGCACUGAAAAUGACUCGAGAAGAGAGGACGGAGCAAUAUACCUUCAUCUAUAUAGAUAAAGAGCCAGAAGAGGCUUUGUCAAAAGCCAAGAGGACUGGUGCGCCGAAGACAGAGGUGAAGAAAACCCGUAGGUCUAAACCAUCGCCUAAUGCACAGCCAGAACACACCAGUGAGGUGUUGGCCGUGUCCUCUCCAUCCAAUACUGAAGUCCAGAGGAAUAGUCAGAGAAGGCAGUCAAGUGUGGAUGAAGAGCCCCCUCCUGUUAAAAUAGCAUGGAAAACGGCUGCAGCCAGAAAAUCCUUGCCAGCAUCCAUCACCAUGCACCAGGGAACUUUGGACCUUCAGAAGUGUAAUAUGUCUCCAGUUGUUAAAAUUGAACAAGUGUUUGCUCUACAGAAUGCUGCUGGGAAUGGAAAGUUCAUUGAUCAGUUUGUUUACUCUACCAAGGUAACAGCAUAAAUAUUUAUUGAAAGGGCAUAAAUGUGCAAUGAAUUAAAAGGUUUAUUCUUGUCUGCUCACUUUUGUCUCAGAAUGUGGUCUUUGCAAGCUUGUGUAAAAUAUUUGGGUGAAUUCUUUAGUCUUAAAAUGUUGGGAGUUUCAUUAUCCCAUGCUUGCUAAGCCUGAUUUCUGGACUGAAAUGUAAUGUGAAAUCAGGUACCUUUUGUGAGAGUUGUUCAGUUUGAGCUAGCAGGUGAUGCCCAGAAAAUCAGCGGCUCUUCUUCCACACCCAAUUUUAAAUGUUAAUCAAAAUAACAUCAUCAUUGUCAUCAUCUCUUAUACAUGUGAAGUAUUAUACUGCUAUCAGUCCCUGUGAAACACUGCCAGCAGCGCACAAAAACAAAAAACCCCAAAGCAGUAUAUGCUUGUGGUCUUCAGCAAAACAAGAAGUCCGUGACCCAAUCCUUCCUAGUUUCAGAAAAUCAAGAUAAUUUAAAUUAAUUUUCUGUAAUGAUAUUUAAAUUGCUUGUUUACUGUUAUAUUACAGUCUUAAAUCAAACAAGUGUUUAGACUGCUUUGGGUUAGCUUGUGUCUUUGCUUUGUAACUAACAAGUAGGUGUUCACAAAUUAUAGAUGAUCUUGCUAGCUCGGCAAAGAUUGUACUUUUCUCUGACUUCCCUCCUCCCAACUUCGAAAGCAGCAGGAUUUUAUCCCUGAAAUUGUGCUAAUUUUGUUUUGUCGGAUUAGAAAGUUUAUUCACUGCUGUCAAGCUAAUAAAGUGAAUUUGUUGACUCCUGAUGAUUAGUUAGAGAGAGAUGGCAUAGCAAUAGAUUUUCUUAAUUUCAUUUCAUUUGAUUUCAUUCGAUUUGUGUGAAGGAUAGCUCCAUUGGUAAAGCUUGUGACUCUUAGUCUGAGGGUCAUGGGUUUGAGCCCCAUGUUGAGCAAAAAGAUUCUUGCAUUGCAGGGGGUUUUACCGUUGUGGUCCCUUCCAGCUCUAUGAUUCUGCCAUUCUGGGACUGCAGGUUCUCAUUAGGUGUUGGUAAACAAUGGCCCACUUCAGACAUCAUUAAUUCAAAUCAGCCAAGCCAUGGUUUUAGAGACUGAUGAACAUGCUAAUAUUUUUCUCUUUCACUUGCUUUCCUUCUUUUAUCAUAGUUUGCCAUGGCAUCUGAAGUGGCCAAGUAUGGUUAGCAACUUGCUUUACAUAUUAUGACUUGCACAUUCACUUCAAACCAUAAUUUUAAACAAUGGUUUGGAAGCAAGGUGUUAACUAUAUGUACCAAUUUUGACAUCACAGGGAGCUUUGGUUAGGGAAGUGGAGGAGGAACUUGCAUGCGAGAGGAAAGGGGAGUGCAUGAAGCUAUAGUUCAUAAUUGAUCCCUACGUUUGUGACAUCUGAACUGGGCCUGUGUGGCAAAGUGGAUGUUCACUACAUUGCUUAAAAAUGUAACAUGUUUGGCUCUUGACUUCCUCUGCACAAAGGCAUCCGUUGAAUAUUGGGUGCUAAGAACCGAACCCUGUGUGUGUGUGUGUGUGUGUGUGUGUGUUUUGGCAUUGUUUGGCAUUGAACAUAUACUGGAAAUAAUAUAUUUGGUCUCUUAUUGCAAGGCAGUUAUUAUGGGCCUAGCUCACACAAGCAGCAGAUGAGAAAGUAAACUUGUGGGGGUACUCUGCCCAAUCUCCUUUAAAAAAACAAAACAAAAAACCCUUCUCAUUUCACAUCAUCACACUUUCUGAUGUUUCCUGUUCAUACUCCCAGCCUAGCCUCCUAGGAUGAAUGCUAAAAGUCAGGUCAGGAAAACUGUGACGUCUGUGAGACGCUUGGCAGCACCAGUAGCAUGCAUACCCCCCCCCCCACUUAGUUUGUGUGCAGUGCCAGCUUCUGGGACUGAAACUAUUCUGAGGAUUAGAAUCUUGCACAAACUGUCUAGCUGUUGGCUAUUUGAGAAAGCAGAGUUGCUGGACAUCCCACUUCCCUCGCUAUUUUUUGGAAAAGCCUUGGCAUUCUCUACCCUUAGCACAGUUCUGCGGCAUAUAGGAUUAUUCUCCCACUUUGGAGGCAUUCAGUUUAAAUAGAAAGUUUAUAACUGAGCAGUUGAAAGUGUUUUUUUCAUAGAUGCAGCAGUUAACCCAAAGGACUAAUUCAGUAGUUACUAACUCGAUCUUUUCUAUUCAUAACAGGGUAUAGGAAACAAACCUGAAAUAAUCAUCAAGGGGCAAGACAAACUCACUUCUGUCUCCAACCAGCGAAAUGAAAGAGCCUCCUCACAAAGUGCACCGUCUCCCGAAACAUCUUCUGGGUUGGCAAGUAGGUAAAGUUUGCAACUCCUGGGUUAUAUCCAGUAAAUCAAACCACCUCCAUUGGGGUAGUCUUCAGAAUACAGCAGUCAGAAGUAUCACUUUACUAUGUAAAACUGGCUAAUGCAUUAUGCAAAGCUUCAUUGAAAAAUUAUUUUGGGGUGGUGGGCUGUGAGGUCGUUAUGCUGCAGCAGUUUAAGCAAUGCAGGAAUUCUCAUUUUAGUCAUAAACUCUUAAAUUUACAGAACACAGAAAACUGACGGAAACAUUUUGUUACAUGUUUGUCUCUUAGAGACUGAUAAUCUUACUCAAGACUUCCCCAUUUUUACAUACACAACAUCCCCGUGAGGUAGCAGGGGAAUUCAGAGGGGGAAGCCAUAGUAUUAUGUUGUAGUUGUUUUGAUGUUUUAUUGUGCUUUUAAUUGUGUUGGGAACCGCCCAGAGUGGCUGGGGAAACCCAACCAGAUGGGCAGGCUAUAGAUAAGUUUUUGUUGUUGUUACGACAGCAAUGUGUCUUGCAGCAUCUUAAAUACAAACUGAUUUCUGGGUACAGUGGACCCUCCGGAUACAAACUUAAUUCGUUCCAGGAGUCCGUGCACAACCCGAAAAGUCCACAACAAGAGGCGCCGCUUCUGUGCAUGCGCACGGCACGAUACAGCGCUUCUGCGCACGGUGCGAUAGAGCAUUUCUGCGCAUGCGCGAAGCACACAGAGCAUUUCUGUACAUGCGUACGUGGCGAAACCUGGCAUUAUACACUUCCGUGUUUGCCGUAUUCGUAACCCAAGGUACCACUGUACUCCAGUCCACAAACACUUAUGACAUAAAUCUGUUAGUCUUUUAAACAAUGCUGCAAAACUGUUUGUUUUCCCUGUGAGGUUUGUUAAAAGAUGCUCAGUGACCCAAGGCACACUUUGAGCUCACACUUUGACUUUAUGGGGAUUUGAACUUUGGCCUCCCCAGUCCAAAUCUAACACACUAUCCACCAUUCUAGGGGUAGCUAAGGUGAUGCUCUUCAGACAUUGUUGGACUACAACUCCCAUCAACCCCAGACAGCAGGGCCAGGUAUGAUGGGAGUUGUAGUCCAACAAGAUGUGGAGACACCAAGUCAGCUACCCCAGCACUUCAUUGCAUGAUGCUUCUCCUUUUAGGCUCAUCUUGCACUCUGGUACUGAUUGGUACCAUGAAUUCCCCACCCCAAACUUCCUAGAUGUCAUAGCACAUUCUGGAUCCUAAAACUGUUUCACAGGACGGCAGUUGUGUGUUUAAAAUCUCAUUUUUUAUUUAGUACAUUAUUUGUAGGAGCAGGUGCAGAUUCAUAUAUACUGUAUUUUUUCAUCCCAUAGGACACUCCGUCCCAUAGGACGCACCUAGUUUUUUGGGGGGGAAAUAAAGGGGGGGAAAUCCCUUUAUUUCCCCCCCAAAACCAGUUCGGGGAAACCAAACCAGGUCGGGGAACAGCGGGAUGGCGGCGCUGCACCUCCCCGCUGUCCCCUGAGCUUGUGGGGCUGGCCAAUGUCUGCCCGGCGCGCGGGGCGCUCUGCUUCAGGGCGCCCCACACACCGGGCGGCAGGGUGCUAUCCGCAGCCUAGGGAGCCCUGCGGGAACUCCCGCGGACUCCCAGGCUUGCUGAUAGCUUCCUGAAGCCUGUGCACCGACCCCUCUCGCUCUCCAAGCUUCAGCAAAAGCCUGUAUUCGCCCCAUAGGACGCGCCCCAUAGGACGCACACAGAUUUCCCCUUCAUUUUUGGAGGGGGAAAAGUGCGUCCUAUAGGGCGAAAAAUACGGUAAAUCCCUCUUAGCCAUUAAUUCUGUCUAGGUUAGCAAAAUAGAAAAUCUACUGUGUUUAAUUUGGUCUUGAAUUUUAAGUAGUAUUUGUGAAAUAUCUUUAAGAGGCUAGAGUCAUACAGUUAGAGGGGUUUACGGAUUUUGGUUUAAUGUUCCCAUUAUUAUCUUAACACAGGAAAGGAAUUUUAGCCAAUAUCUUGCAUUUUCAAAACACAUCUCAGAGUUUGAUGUAGGCUAAUACUACUUGGAAGGCUCUGGGAGCAGUUACAAGGAAUUGCCUAAUACAGAGGCAGACCAAUGGCCUGGUUAUCUCUGUAAAGUCCAACCCUGACUAGGUCAGAGUUCUUAUCCUGUGCACAGUCCUGGCCAAAACUUUUCACUGGAAGUAUUGGUGAUUGAACUUUAGGCCUCAUGCAUGUGAAACAUUUUGUUUGCUGCUACUGGUAUGUGUUCCUUUAUGUGGGAAGAAAUGUUUCUCAAUGCCUCUGCAUAUCCAGCCAGAAGAGGAAAUAGCAGUGUGCCACAUAAACAGAUGGACUGAUGGGUAAACCAAACAUAGGCUGACCUUUUACAAAUGGAAAAAACCUCCAACCUACUCCUACUCAGACUCCAAUGUGAUCAUAUGUUUAAUGUCAUGUCUUAAGCAUUUGUCAGUGAAGCACAUCAGAUCUGAAUCUGGUAUUUUAGAUGAGCUUGAAUUUUAGAUGAGUUUGAAUAAGGCCUUAAUCAUUUUCAGUAUUUUAGAUGAGUUUGAAUAAGGCCUUAAUCAUUUUCAGUAUUUUAGAUGUGUUUGAAUAAGGCCUUAAUCAUUUUCAGUACACUCAACCCAAUGCCCUCUUUGAAAUGAAUGGGGGUUGUGCAGGAGUGCAGUUGUAUUCUCACAAUGCUUCUAGUCAUUUUUACUUGCAUUGUGCAAAGAAAUGAUGCUCCCAGUGGAUUUUUCUUUACUUAUGUGACACAUUUGUGUUUGUUUAUUGGGGGGGGGGAGCCCUUUGGUAUAUUCUGUGAGGGUCACAGCACCAACAGAAUUCUACAGUAUUUGAAUAUCACUCAUUUCCAAGAUGCUUUAUUUUCCCUAUUUGUCACCAUUCAUUGGUCCAGACCUUGGGGUGAUCUCUGUCCACUAGGAGGCAGGUUCUUUUAGAAGAAAGACUCUGCGGGGUUUGGACUAAGAGGCUCCUCCCUAGAGCCAGUCUUUCUGCUGCCUCUGCGCCCAAUGGCCAUGGACCACUGCCUGGUGAACAAGUAGGAGGAUAAUCCACAGGUAAGCACAUUCCCAGUUUUCACAUGUGUCUUUCAAAAUGCUUAGAAAUGAGGCUCUGCCUGUCUCCUCAUAUUCAUACAGCUGAUUCACAUGCCAUGCUAAGCCAUAAUUUGUUUUAAACCAUGGAUUAAUCCUGCAGCAUAGCCUCCUUCAGAUAGUGUGGCUUCUUGUGUUCUGCAAACCUGAAUCAUAUUUUUUUAAAAAAGAAACACAAGUGUUAAGCCAGAAAUAAGCUAAAAUUUUGUUUUUCACUUGUUUCUGGCUUAACAUUCAUGGCAUGCUUGAAACAAACAAAUCAGAGUUGCAUUCACAUGACACAAGAAGUUAUGCCAUGCCUUGUUUUUGUUUCUCGCAGCACCCACAGAAGCAAGCCAUGCAGGGCAUGCCAUGGCAGCCAUGUUCACUACUAACCCAUGUUUUAAAACAAACUGGCUUAUGAAGACACAGAUCUUUCCAGAGUAUGUGAAGUAAUUGAUGCAUCUGAGCAGGUUCAGGAUGCCAUUCUUGCGUAUCACUGAUUGGGGGCCACAUGACUUUCAGGCAAUUGGUCUUCUAGCAUAGCUCCUUCUAGAAAUUGGGCACUGACAAUAAAUCUCUUUUGAGUCUGUCUAUUUCAGCCCCUUGAUGGGUAUCAAAAGUUGUUGCCUGUUAAAGUUUUCCCCAGGAUUCUUAAAUGUAACUUUUGCUCUCAAUGAUUUUUAAGCCCUUUUGAGUGAAUUGGGGUUUUCAUUUGCUGAGCAGCACAGGUUCUUUGAUGGCUUUGAGUACCCUACUUGCCCUUAUUGAUACUGAGCUUGGGUUCCAUGUCUUGAAUGAACAGCCCCAUGCUUGGAGAAUGCAUAAAAGGUCUUUGUUUCUAUCUUUGACUUACUCUAAAGUGCCCAAAAUAUUGCACUAGAAUAUUAUAUGUUGUACAAUGACUAAACCUGGCAGGACAGGAAUUGGGGAAGUUGUGGGUUCCAUGUUUUGCUGAACAUCGCAUCUCACCAGCCACUUCUGAUGGCCAACAUUCAGGGAAGAGGAAAGUUGUUGUCCAGCAACAUAUGGAGGCUUUAGGGUUCCAUCCCCUUCUUAGAUUCAGGCAGAGAGAGGAAUAAGAUGUUCAUUUAAAGACAUGCAAAAUAUUGCCUACAUAGGCAAAUACUUUGAAAAUAAAAUUCAGAACAUAUUUGUGUCCUUGGUGUGGUUGGUAACCUAUGACAUUUAAGCAAGUUCCUGGUUGAUUUUAAAGGUUCUGAACAUGAAAAGUCACCCCUUCUUAAUACUUUGAAUUCUAGACUUCCCCUUUAUCUUCAUAUUAAAGCUGGUCUUUUCCCGAACUCAGGACUCUCCCUGAAGCACUGAGAUGUAUUGCCUGCAGCCAGAACGCCAGCUGGCAGAUUAAAGUCUAUGCACUCAAAGAAGAAUGUAGAGAAAUCAGGACUUUGCUAUUGAACGUCAUCCCUCAUUGAGGAAAGAGAGCAGAGAGAGAGAGAGAGAGAGACUCCUGUAAUGGAAACCAUUCUGUUCCCUCAGGUUCUGUAGAAAAGAAGCAACAGAGAAGAUCAAUACGAACUCGCUCAGAGUCUGAGAAAUCCACUGAAGUUGUGCCAAAGAAGAAGAUCAAAAAGGAGCAGGUUGGCUUCCUCCAUGUAGAGAGUUAAAAUAUACUGUAUACAUACUUUCUGUGGCUUAAUAUUGAUGCCUUUUUAUUUCUACCUACCCACCUGCCCCUCUAUAUCCCCCAUUGGGUUUGCUUUUGGACUUCCCCUCCUGAGAUCCUCUCCCUCAGUAAAUAUUGCUGUUAACUGAUAUCCCUUUUCAGCAUCAAUCACACUUUGGAUAAAUGGGAACACAGUGACCUCUUCAUGAGCUGAUACGUUUACUUUGGCUGUUUCUGUUACAAGCAUAGUGAUUUUAUGUUUCAGUGUUUUCUCUGGAAAUGCUACCAGCUUCUUUCUUGUCUUACCCUUGGUUUAGCUGCUGGUUUGUACUGAGGUUUUAGUUUGUUUUCAAAGAAAAGCUAGAUGGAUUUGUUUGGUUACUCUUGAAAAUUUACUAUUACCAUAAUCAUUAUUUAAAGGCUAUAGCCUUUUAUGUUAGCAGAAGGGGAAGAGCAUCAUGAUGGGUUGAUUUCGUUUUGUCCUUUAAGUAGAACCAACAUGUACAGGGCAUUCCUUUUUAAGGAUACUGCUUUUGAAACUAGCCAGUUGUAAGUGAAGAGGAAUAGGCAAGUUGCAUACCACCCAUGCGAUAUAUGGAUUUUGCAGGUUUCAAGAAGGUUAUUGUCACUGUUUCAACUGUUUCAGUAUGCUUCCAUUUUAAAUUUAAGGGCAACCCACCUUGAACCAUAUACACUAUGUAAUAAAGAUUCUCUAACACGAUUAUUGCAAGGGCCAAGUAAUGUUGGGGGGGGGACAUUUCUUGCAAUUACAAUUCUAAUAAACUUUAAGCAUGUUGCCCAUGAUUUCUUGGUUAGCUGAAAGUCUUGAAAAUACAUCAUCACCGUUCUAUUUAAAUAUCCACUCUGUUGCUGCCCUGUUCAACAUUUCUCUUGUUGGAUUUCCAAAAUGGUGGAAGUUAAAGGACUAUGACUUCAGUGCAACUUUUUUCCUAAAGUGAAUAUUAAAUAUUGGGAAAUAGCAUAUAUAACUCUUGGCAUCAAUUGUUGCAGUUUCCCUUUUUAAAUAUGAAGCUGUAGUAAUUUAUAUAUUUUUAAUUAACCAUGGUACAAGAACCACAUGCCAUUGUUCCCCAAGUAGUCUUGCUUGCUUUAUACUAUGUAGCUAAUUAAGACAACAUAGUAUAUUGUACUCAUGUUUUUCAGGAAGAGCAUAUGGCCAGCAAAACGUAAUGGUCAGAGAUGCACUGUAAUGCAUAAGCUUGGAUGUGAUCUAUGUUGAGAAAGGCGUCCUGAUACCUUAGGAUUCUGCAACCAUAUUUGUUUCCCAGGGUCGAGCUUUGUUGCAGUGAAUUUCCAAAUUUUUUCUGCAUCCUUUCGGUUUUAAAAUUAUAACUGGAAUUUUAACUACAAAUGAGAGAUGCAAUGUUAAUUCUGUUGCAGUGAGUGGUAGUGAAAUACAAGUGAUUGUUUAGAUUUUAUAUUUGUAUUAUCAAUUGUAUCCUAUACAAAUCCUUCUAUUGUAUGUUUUUAUCCAUUGUACAACGAAAUAAAAUAUUUUUAAAAAAUUAUAGAAUAAUCCUUAAUAAAUAUCUAUGAGACGUGUUUCUUACAUGCACAUAUAACCAACCUGUGUAGAUUUAUUUAUUUAUUUAUUUAUUUAUUUAUUUAUUUAUUUAUUUCAAGUGGCAACUUUUAGCCUAAAAGCAAGAUCUUAGCAAAAGCAGCUGCUUGCAACUACCAAAUUCACAACUUGGGUGUACUCUGGAAGAAAGCUUGCCUUCCAAUGUAGGAUCCAAGACACUGAUCCUUGAGGCCAUGAAGUGCUUUCACAAGGUCGCCAACUUGCCUGCCCAAGCACUGUGCUGAUGUUGCUGUAUAGAGGCCUGCAAUGCCUCCUGCUCUGCUCUGCCUUUGCAGCACUCUAUACAGAGGAGCAGCCCAUGGCCUCAGAAGCUCAAGUGCUUGCUGAGUGGAAGUGCCUUUUUUAAAAAAAUGGGGCAGUAAGUUAAGCGUCACAUGGAACUAGAGUGUCCUGUUUCUCUUUAUUUUUCUUAGCCAUUGUAGGGGUUUUCUGUAGCCCAAGGAGUGGCUGCUAAACCCCCUCUCCUGAUUCCUGGACCAAAGAUAAAGCCAUUCCAUCACUAAGUACACAAAGUGAAUGAUUUGAAGUAAACACAGUUCAGGGGAGGCGCCUCAUCACCCAGUUCAGAGAAGGCAGCGUCACUUAUCUCCAUAAGAGGUGGAUCAGAAACGACUUGCUGGGGUGGGGUGGGGGUGGAGAUGGCAACAUGAGUUUCCCUUUUGCUAAUUGCUUGCAUUGAAGUUUCAUUUCCUCUGUUAUACUAGGGAACAGGAAAUUCCUCUAUUAAUUGCUUGUUUUCCUGUCCAAACAGGUGGAAACAGUCCCGCAGACAACACUGAAGACUGGAUUACAGAAAGGUGAGUAGUGCUGCUUAUAACCCAAAACUUGGUAUACAGCCUAUUUCAUUUUUACUCAUCUAUGCCUUCCAUGUUGUGUAUGUAAGUAAUCCAUGUAGGCAUUGUAGUCCCACAUCUAACAACCACCUGCCUAACCAUCUCUUGCAUAUUUCAAUGUGCACAUCUGAAUGGAGUGUAGGACUGUACUUCAUUGCCUCAAGUCCUUCUUGUCCCCCUUUUCCAUGCUACUUUAUAGAUUAUUGGAGCGCUUGCUAGGAAAAUAGGACUGGGAUUCACAGACUUUGCCCUGGUCUGAAGUCAUUGCUUGCCAGAAUAAGAGUUUGCUUGCCAACUGGCUCAUUCACCUACUGCCCAGUGGUAGCCAGAUCAAAUAAAAAGGGAAUGAACCAGGUCCCUGAGCAUAGGGACAACAGCAUGCUUUUAAAGUUCUUUUUAAAAGCUUGCAAAAAGCAGGGACACUCCUUCUUAAUCUCUUGCAUUAACAGUUAAUGCAGUGAACAUAAGAUCCCACCUGGAUAAGACCAGAAGCCCAUCUAAAAUUCCCACAGCAACUGAUAUUCAGAGACAUCCUACCUCUGAUGUUGGAGGUAAUAUUUAUUUAUUAUUUAAAGAAUUUUUAACAUGCUGUUCAGCCGAAAAAGGCUUCUAGAGUGGCCAAAACAUAACCAAAUAUAAGAAAUGCUCAGAAUCUAAAAGACAGAAACUCAAAAGGGAUUGGGUGGAACAAAAAAGGAAAGAAGAAUGUUCUUGUAGUGACUGGCUGGAAUGGAACAAUUUGGAGAGGAGUUGCCGAUCUUUCAGCAGGUCCCAUAGAGAGGUCCUCCCCCCCCCCCUCGUGCCUUAUGGGAUGGCUGUGGAUAGAUGACAGUUGAGGGAAGAGCCUGAUGGAUCUGGUCUCUCAGCAGAGUAGAUGGAUAGGCCCUGCGGUCCUGUCUCUCCUUCUGCUAGAUCAAUCAGGUCUGGUAGCAUUGGAUCUGUUGCACUGACCUACAAGAGCUAGGAAAAGUUUGGCAGGCAGGUAGGGAUCAAAAGAACUAAAUCAAAUCAAAAGAGCUUUGUCGCUGGUUCCAUGAGCCUCAGAAGCCUUUGGGCUUGUGUUUCUCAAACACUCAUCUUGCAUGUCACAUGGAAAGCUGAUUUGGUGCGGAGGUCUUGUUUCAGAGGAAUGGGGUGGGUGAGAGAGUUUUUAAAAAUUCUUUAGGCUUUCUUAAGUAGUGUGAUGGAUUUUAGCCUUUGUCACUGGUGGCAAGGCAGGGACGAGACUUAUUAUUUCCAGCUCCUCUGUCCCCAAUAACUGUCAUUGAAAUAGUUAUGACCUUGGUCUUCUCUAUCACACUACGUAUGAACAAAAGGAUGUCAAUUCAAUAUAAGCUGGAAAGUGUGUGUGGUGAUAAUUGCUUCUGGUGCAGCCUUUUGUGUAGAGCAGACAAUUUGCAGAAAGUGUAAAAAGUAUCCUUGCCAGGGUGGCUCACUGUGACAGCUAUAGGUCUGUUCCAACAUUUCCCUGGCCCCUCUGAGAGAGGUUCGGAGGGUGGUGAGAAGGCAGAAUACUUCUUUCUGUUGUCUCCCUCCCCACCAUUUAAGGAAUGCUCUCUCCUGGCAAGGGCCUCUGAUGCCAACAUGAACAUCCUUUCAGUGCCAGGUUAAGAUGCCUGUCUUCUCCAAGCAUUUGAGGGAAUGUGAUUACCACUCUUACUGCUGUUUCUGUGCAAAUAUUAUUUGGAGGGGAGGAUGGUAUUAUUUUAUUCUUAAAUUUGAUGAUGCACUUAAAAAAAAUCAUGCAAGUCAUUGAGACAUUUUGUACUAGGUGACAAAUAAUCAUUAUAAUAACAGCAAUAUGCCAUUGAUAUGUGUAAACUGCCCCAAAGCCUACUGAAGAAUAGGGUAAAAAAAAUCUAUAAAUAACACUAUUCAACCCCCCUUUCUUGCUGCCUUUUUAAGCAUGCUUUGAAUUUUAGUUUUGUGGGGUUUAGCUUUGUAGGGUUGAGCAUGAUUGCCUCUUCCCUGACCUUUACGUACUGUAUAGCAUUCAACUUCAGUUGUUUUUAUUACUGUUUUAGUGCUUAUACUGUAAGCAGCCUUGAAAAUAUUUCAUAUUUAAAGACAGGUUAUGGAUGAAUGAAAUAAACACUAUACAAAGCACCCUCACCCCCUGCUACUCCCUUCUUCUCCAUGGUGCCUCCCAGAUGUUGUGGAUUCCCUACUCUCAUCCAGUCCAACCAGCAUGACCAGUGGUCAGGAAUGAGGGGAGAUGUAGUCCUGCAGAGCACCCUGGGGGCUACCUCUGAUCUGUGGGUUGGAGUGACAAUCUUUCAAAGAAUUGGAGUUAUCUUAGUGACUAGUUGCAAUUUUAAAAGCUUUUAAACUAAGUGUCUUGUCAGUUCCAUCUCUGCAUGUGUCUACCCAGCCCCUUAGUUUCUCCUUCAGUGUUUAAUACAUUUAAGAGAUCUUUUAAGAUUAAUUCCAGUAUGUUGUAUUCAAGGUGCCAGUGAGAUUUCAGAUUCUUGUAAGCCUCUAAAGAAAAGGAGUCGUGCCUCAACAGAUGUAGAACUGACUAGCUCAGCAUACAGAGAUACAUCUGACUCUGAUUCGAGAGGGCUUAAUGAUCCACAGGUACAUGUUUUGUAUUUCUUGAUGUGCUUUGAAAUGGGCAGAUAACUGAUGAUAGUGAACUGUGCAUAAUUUCUCCUUGAUUAGUCAGAGCAUUUUACAUUGAAAAUGGGAAAUGUAGGGAGUAGAUUGGUGUUAUGGACAGAGUUGCAUAUUUCAAAGAUUCAGAAUACAUCCUAGCUACAACAAUUAACUUACUCAGAAUCUCAGCUACUGCUCCUUUCCUCCCUCUCUCUUAAUUCAUUUAGCAAGGUCCUAUGGUUGUGAAAAUAGUCAGUUUUGCUCCUUUUGCUUCCUCCAACUGGCAGACUAAAUUAUUGAAAAUAAGAUGCUAAGUUCCAUACCACACAAUUCAGCUUUUCUUAUUUCAGAUUUUGGUGCAGUCCCCCCCCCCCCACAAGGCUGUGAGGUUUUCCUCAUUUACACAUUGUAUUGAUACGAAUUUGGAAAUGGCAGAACAUACUAUAGAGUUGAUCUAAAAUAAGAGAGAAAAUUUCAUAGAAAAUUUCAAUGUCUAUCAUAUUAUUAUGGUUUUCUCUUUCAAUCAGUGGCAUUUAUCUUUUGUAGCAUUCCUUUUAAAAAGUUGGCAAUAUAAAUGGCUGUGGGCUUUUUCUUUUAGGGUAGCUUUGGAAAACAGUCAGAUAGCCCUUCAGCUGCAGCAGAUGCUGAUGCUUCUGAUGUACAAUCCGUGGACUCAAGUUUAUCAAGAAGAGGUUCUGGGACAAGUAAGAGAGACACAAUAUGUCAGGUAAAUAAAAAAUGUGGCAGGGUCAAGGCUGCAAUCCUAUACAUGCACUCAUAGGAGCAAGAGUAAGUGAGACUGACUUCAGAGUGAAAAUGCACAGGAUUGAGCUGCACUUCUUUCAGCUAAAACCUUUUGGACAACACAAGGUCAGCACCAUGCUAGGUAAAGGUAAAGGGACCCCUGACCAUUAGGUCCAGUCGUGACCGACUCUGGGGUUGCGGCGCUCAUCUCGAUUAUUGGCCGAGGGAGCCGGCGUACAGCUUCCGGGUCAUGUGGCCAGCAUGACUAAGCCACUUCUGGCGAACCAGAGCAGCGCACGGAAACGUCUACAUGAUGUUUAAAUCCCAGCAUGGACUUGAAAGCUAUUUAGCUGAUUCAAGCCUUCGUUAAGAAAUACAGUGGUACCUCGGGUUAAGUACUUAAUUCGUUCCGGAGGUCUGUUUUUAACCUGAAACUGUUCUUAACCUGAAGCACCACUUCAGCUAAUGGGGCCUCCCGCUGCCGCCGUGCCACCGGAGCACGAUUUCUGUUCUCAUCCUGAAGCAAAGUUCUUAACCCGAGGUACUAUUUCUGGGUUAGCAGAGUCUGCAACCUGAAGCGUAUGUAACCUGAAGCAUAUGUAACCCGAGGUACCACUGUACUUCUCAACCUUGUUACAUACCUUUGACUGCAUUUCCCGUAAUAUACCUCCAGCUAAUUUUCUCUGCAUUUGUACCUCUGGCAAAAUUAAGGAUUAGCCUUGCUUCUGAUACUAUGUAACUCUGAGUGCCCAGGAUAAGUUCUUUCCUGCUUUUUUUGCUUGCAAAUUAAGCAGAAAGUGGCUACUUUGCAUUAGUGCUGGCCAAAAUGCAACUGAAUCACAGCUGUUCAGUGCAUAAUGAAUUCCCAUUUAUUUUAGACCUCUAUAGAUCCAGAAAGCUUGAGGGCACUGACUCUGAAAUUCCACAUUAUUGCUAUUAUUAUCGUAAUCAUCAUCCACAUCCUUUUUAGGGGGGGAAACAUUUAGUUGUUAUAACCAUAUGCUGAAACAAAAAUUAAGCAACCAUAACAAUUUUUAACAGAAUGGAAACAGGUCAAAAUGCUCACCUCAUUGAAAAAUCCAGGUACUCUGCUAAUGAUAAAAAAGUAGCUGUUGUUAUAACAGUGAUAAAAACACCUUAACAAUCUAAAGCAAUUACCACUCGCAUGUCAUCAGAUUGUCCUCUGAAUCAAUGAGAGACUAUAAAAUACCCCACCUUUCCUGCAAGGAGCUCAAGGUGACACAUGUGGUUCUCCUCUUUCUCUCUUUAUCCUCUGUGGGCCUGAGAAGCAGCAACUGGCCAGGGUCACCCAGUGAGCUCUAGGGUUGAGUGGUGAUUCAAAUUUGAAUCUUCCAGGUCUCCCAAGUCCAACACUGGUUGUCUUGAGGGAGGCUGGCAAAUUCCAAGAGGCAAGCACAAUAGGCAUCUUUGGGAACAGCAACCGCAGGAUACAAUAUAAUGUGAACACAGUCUAAGAUUCUAAGUUUCCUUGAUCCUGGUAGUUGUAUCUUAGACAGAGACAAAACUAUCCUUUAAAUGCUCUGUCCAAAGGUCACUAGGGGGUGCACCUAUUACAACGUAUAGUACAGAUUUGUGAUAGUUUUCAAGCACAUGCCUACAUGUGCCCUCUCAAAACUAAGUGUCCUACUGAGUUCAAUGAUGCUUACUCCCAGGUAAGUGAGUAUAGGCUUGCAGCCUUAAAGUCAUGAAUUGGGAGAAUAACCUCUGAUAGGUCAUAUCUAGAGUAGGGAUGUUUGAGGAAUUUAGUUUUUGUGAAUUUGGAUGCAAACUGAUACACAUUUCCUGCACUAAUAGGUGGAUUGGAAUAUAAUUAGCCUUCAAAUUUAGCACUUCUUUGAAUUUUGUGAUAUGUUCUUUGCUCAAAAAAGGUGUUAAAAUGUGUUAAAAAUAUGUAUCUUAGAAUAAAAUGUUUAGAAUGAUGUAUAUUUUAAAAUAAAUAUAAAUAUGCAUUUUCCUGUGGAUUCUAAACAGGACUUACAAAUGAACACAUGCAGGAUAGACAUGGUCUGGAAAUAGACCAUGUCCCAUCCACCCCUCAUUUAGAAUACAAUCAGGUGCUGAGAAGUGGGGGCAGUGAGAAGAGAUGAAGAAGAAAUGAAUAAGACUGUAGUGGAUUCAGUGCACUGAAAGGAAAAUAUGGGGAGUGAAUGGCAGUAGAAGGGGUAGAAAUAUUAGGCAAGACUCCAGGACUAAGCAGGUUAUGGCAGGGUGUCAAGGGAUUCGCCUAUAAACCUAGUAUAUCUCAGAUUGGUAAUGGUCUUAGCCAGGCACUACUUUUUAGAAGACUUGACAUUUAGAAAACAUGAUAUUGCAACCUUACCUGAAGGGCCCUGGGCAUAAUCUGCAAAGCAGCAGACUUGAAUCAAACAGAACUGGGUUGAAGACCAGAAUCCUUACAUUACAUUGACAUUGACGGCUACCCUAGUAAUCAGUAUUUAAAGACCAUUUUAAUGGUGAACUUCAAGGGAUCAAAUUACUUUAGUUUAGUAAUCCUUACAAUAGUCCUAUAAGGCUGGUUAGCAUUAUUUUAGUUAGUAUUGUGGCAGUCCAUCAGAGGUUGAUGGGCUGCAAAACAGGUCAUAUGCUGACAUUCCAUCUGAUAGGAGGCAUUUGAAGUUGUGCAAAUUUUAUAAAGUGGAAAGUGUGGCCUCUAGAAAUAGGAGGGAAUGUAAGGAUUGGAAAAAAGAUUCAAACUUAACUGAGGUAAUGACAUCUGCACUGCAUAUGUAGCAGCAUCACAGGGGUUUAACCAACUAAGUUCUACUCACAGUAGACCCACUGAACCUAAAGUCCUGUCCUAAUUCUAGUGAGUUUACUCUGAGUAAAGCUAGUGUUGGCUACAGCCCUCAGUGUUGGACUCUGCAUUGGGUCAGUCUGGAAGAAUUCCCAGCCACUGACUCUGUACUCAAGUAGAAACCAUACUUCACCUUAUAAAUGUUUGUUAAAAGAGUGAAGAAAAUAUUGGUUUGAUCACAUUCACCCAAUGAUAGGAGUAGAGCUGAAGCAGAGUAGUGUUACCAGGUUCUUGACAUCAUUACUGCUCUGGAGUCUGCCAUUUGGAGUGCUCUGAUGGUGUUUCCUGCUUGGCAGGGGGUUGGACUCGAUGGCCCUUGUGGUCUCUUCCAAUUCUAUGAUUCUAUGGUUCUAUGAUUCUAUUUGUCCUUGGGCAAAGUACCCAGGGUCACCAACGGUGUUGCAAGGAUCUGUGAGGGUUGCCCUCCGCCUUGGUGUGCUCCUCAUGUCUUGCAAGCUCCUGACCAUGGGGCUGCCUUAUUCCAGCAAUGCAGGACUAGUUUCUUUCAAAUGCAGGGCCUUGAAAUGGGCUUACUCUGCUCCCUGUUUCUGGUGGCCCCAACAGUUGGUCUUCAAGCCUCCUCCCAUCUGGCUAGCCCAGCCACUUCAUCUGAAGAAUCUUGGUCACACCAGCCCAGUACUUUUCAACCAGUGCUUCUUGACAUACCAAAAAAAUACGACCUGUAGAAGAGUCCUGUGCUAGACAGUGAUGGAACCUUGCAGGGUUGUGUGGUGUCCCCCUCUUUUAGCUUUAGCUCUGAUUGCUUACAUUGAAUAUUUAAAACCUCUGGUCGUUAUGAUCACAUAUUCAUUAUUUUCUCUUAAGAUUUGUGAAAGUUCUGGUGAAUCUCUGGUGUCCUGUGAAGGAGAAUGCUGCAGGGUCUUCCAUACAGAAUGCCUAGGAUUGAGCUCACAGCCUGAUGGGAAGUUCAUCUGCCUGGAGUGCAAAAAUGGUAAAUGAGGGAAUGACUUCCACCUUGUGAAUUCUCCUGGUAGGAGUUCUGGAGGCUCUUGUUCAGCUUGACUGUUGUGUUCCUGUCCUGGAGGGUUCACUAGCAAAUAUAUUGGCUUCGUGUGUGUGUGUGUGUGUGUGUGUGUGUGUGUGUGUGUGUGUGAAAGCACAUUAAACUAUUCAGGUUUCCCAGCCUGGAUCUUGCUCUGUGGCACUAUCUUGGCUAAUUUGCUCCUUUUCUAGCCACCGUCCAUUAACUCAGCUUCCCCCCCUUGCCACCCACUUUCUAUUCGUACUGAGUAACUGGGGGAAAUCGCCUUGAUGGUCAGCUUUCUCAGCCUCAGAAAGCUGACAGGAAUAUACAGUUGUCUUCCUUUCCCGUCCACUCUGUCUGAAGAAAUCUACAGAGACCUAGGGCAGCUACUACCUGUCAUGGCUGCUUUGUUUUAUAUUCUCAGAAUGUUUUACCCUAGGCUGGUCCUCUUUAUUUCUCUUUUCUAAAGGACAGCAUACGUGCUUUUCCUGCAAGCUGCCUGGCAAAGACGUGAAACGCUGCUCUGUCAAUGCCUGUGGCAAAUUUUAUCACGAGGUCUGCAUCCGCAAGUUUGCUACGGCUGUUUUUGAGUCCCGAGGAUUCCGUUGCCCCCAACACUGCUGUACUGCCUGCUCCAUGGAGAAGGAUAUUCAUAAAGCGAGCAAAGGUAAGAUUCUUACUUGUUGUCUUUGGAGAAGAGCAGGAAACUGCAGACUCUCUGAUGUGUUGCAGCAACAACCCCAAGGCGCUUGGACUGCUGCAGUUACCACUCAGCCUGUUUAGCUUGACCCUGGAAAUAGGAAGAGCAGCAUCAGGGACACUCUUCAUAGCUGCCAUUAAGGCAACCUGAUAACGCUGGCCCAGGUAUCCUGAUACAAGGCUUCCCUGUGGUCAUUGAAUUCCCUUGGAGAAUGUGCUGUUUUAUUCUCCCAUGGCACAAGGGCAGCCUGGUGUAUCAUACCUUGGCGUUCAUGCUGUGAUGAAGGGCAGGUCAGAAAUCUUUUAUAUAAUUAAAAAAUGGUGUUGGUGGCCUUGAAUUGAGGCUACCAAUUCCUGUAGUUGGCUUGUGAUGGAGGAACCCAUUGCCAAGAUCUGAAAGUGGAUCAGCACAUAUUAGUCAUACUCAUUAACUUCAGUGGGUCUGUUUUGAGUAAAACUUAGUUGAGUACCACACAAAGCCACUUAGCAGCAUAUUUGUUUCACUGGUGAAAUGUUUUCUUGUUGUGUAACAAGUUUUCACUAUCCCAGCUGUUGUGUUGGAUUCUUGCGCAACAUUCAAACACCCGUCCACCAGUGUAAGACUCCUUGCACUAGUGGAUGGAGAAUGUUUGAUGCAACUUAAAAUAUCUGUAUGUUUUCCUGCUCGUGCACCAGACAUGCCGGUAUGCUGAGCUAGUCUCAGAUUGUUAUCAUAUCAGCAAGAAACUCAGCCAGGCACUUAAUACAGGUGGCCAUAUUUCUGUUCUGGUUCUAUCCAAGGAGUGAGAAGUAGUUACUGUAUUAACCUGUCUUGAUGGCCUCUGGCUGUUUUUCAUUGCUGUUGGCAGUGAACAAGAGAAGCCAAAUAUUAGGCCAUCAACAAGUAUAGCAGAGCUUGUUUCAUUUUAUUUUCAGUUACUUAACAGAAUUUGCAGAGACCUUUUGGUAUAGCAUACAUAAAACCUGUACAGUAGGAUGUGAAAAGAAGUGACGUUAUAUUUUGCUUGGUUAUUGAUAUCUUUUGUGUAAAACAAUCUGUGUACCCUGUGCGUGCAGAAAAGUGGAGCUGUCACUUAAAGAAGAAGGGAUAGCUGGAGGAUUGCUCAAUAGGGUUGAGGUACAGAAACACACCUGCCUAACAAACAUCCAUUAGCGUUCCUAGCAGCCUUUAUUGAAUUAGGCCUGAGUUAGCUAGAAUACAUUUGAGAUCAGCUAUAGAGCAGGGCUGGGGAACCUGCAGCUCAUGGGCCUAAUGAGGCCCACCAGGCCAUCUUGGCCAAGCCAUGACCCCAACCCUACACAUGUCAUCAGGUGUGGGACAGGAGAAGGCACAGCUGCACCAAAGGGGGUUUGCAAGCACUGUUAAUCAGCAGCACCUGCACAGCCCUUUGCAAGAGAGAAUCACCUGAUUGCCAGGAUUUGGUAAGUGCCACACGGCUGUGUAAGUCCCAGCAGUCAGCUGAUUGUCUGUGUGCCCACCUGUCAUACUUUACAUUGGGGAGGGGGGCAUAGAGAUAAGUAUCCAGCCCAUCAGCCAGGUUCUGUUCCUCACCCUUGUUGUAGAGCAUAUGAAUUCUCAGCCACAAAAAGGCACGUCAGAUAGGGACUCUCAAGACUUUGGUGUACUGAGGUUGAAGGGGGGGGGGAUCUCAGCCUCAUCAAGAUUAGUCAAAGCAAAGAAAAGGUUGACUCUUCUGCUAAUGGCCCUCACUCUUGCAGCGGUGGAGCCAUGUGGACAGAAAGGGUCUUUACCGUGCUUUUGAUGUGCGGGUGAAAGAGAGAUUCUUUGGGAAAUACUGGUGGUAUUCACUGCUCCCUGUGUUGACAACCCAGCCAUCUAGUUUUUCUAGAUGUGGGAGAGGGGAAGGCCAGAUUCAGGGCACGAAAGCCUCACUUUGCAGGGGUGUGUGUGUGUGUAAGUGUGUAAGUAAAUCUACUCUGAUUCUGAGUUUGCAGCAGGUGUUUCAAGCUGUCUUCAUAGACAUGAGCACUAAAAAUGUCUUUAUUUAUUUAUGGAAGCUGAGGUUCUUGGGAACCUGACCUCUGAGCAUGAUAUGAUGUGCUAGAUCUUUUCUGCACUCCUAUGGAAUAAUCCCAAUAUGAAUUUGGCUGUGCCCAUUUACGGCUCAUGUUAGGAUUAUCCAAAACAGGUUCUCCCCAGGGUGUGGGUGGAGUUGCACCCCUAGGGAUGCAAAAUGUCAUUGCUUUUUGAAAACUGUUACAUCAUUAUUAGGUAUAUCAAAUGAAAAUCAAAACUUCGUUGCAGACUUUGAAGUCUGUAGCCAUGUUCUAAACAUACUGUCCUAUGGUCCAUUUUAUAUUAAACAGGUCGCAUGGUGAGAUGUUUGAGAUGCCCCAUUGCCUAUCACUCGGGAGAUGGCUGUAUUGCUGCAGGAAGUUUGUUUGUGUCAUCCCACAUUCUCAUCUGUAGUAACCAUUCCAAAAGGAGCAAUCACUCUUCAUCAGCUGUAAAUGUAGGCUUUUGUUUCGUUUGUGCAAGAGGUGAGCUCUGUUUUUUUGUCUUCCUCUGUUUAUAUCUUUGGUGUUCAGUCCUUGAUUUUGUUAAAAACUGAACUGUGAACCCCCACUCCCACCCCUUCUGCUCUGGGGGAAUUAUUUUUGUUCUCAAGUUUCCUCCUUGGCUAUUGGAUGUAGCAUAUUAAUUUUCUACAGGCUUUUAGCUGCUAGUGCCCAUUCUUAGACACGUUAGGAAGGAUACCAAGGUGGUGCCUUCUGCUUCCAGGUGGGGUGGGGGGAGCCUGUGGCAAAGUCCCUGAUGCCAGCGGCUGGAAUUCUAAUACUGACUUUUUCAGUCACUUUUGGCAGCCAUGAAUGUGUUCAGUUCAUCAUGUAAAUCAAAACUGAUCCUGCAGGUGGGUGGGUUAUUCAUAGAUUAGAAAAAGGUCCCCUUUCAACCAUGAAAUACUUUUAAAUAUGAGUUAGAGGAAACACCACUUUUUAAGCUAAAUAUAAGUAGGAAGAGACUUCUGUUCUCUAAUUCUAGUAGUUCUGAAUCCUCCUUUACAAAUUUUACUAAUUUAAAGCAUGGAGACUAGAACUGCAUACACUUUGCUGGGAGUAAACAUGGCUAGGAUUGCACAGUAAGUUCUUUGUCAUUUACUUGUUUUAGUCAAUGAUAACCCAGCAAGAUUAGCUGUAUAGAUGUAAAAUGAGCUUAUGUAUAGUGCAUUGUAGUAUACCAGCAAUGUGGUAGUAAAUUUCACAUGAGCAGUUAUGGAAGUCAGUUCUAGGAAGAGGGAAUAACUGAGCUGUGACUCUUAAAUUGUAUUCAGUGGAUACAGGCAGUGAUUUAGACUAGAACAGGCUUCCUCAGCCUCGGCCCUCCAGAUGUUUUGAGACUACAAUUCCCAUCAUCCCUGACCACUGGUCCUGCUAGCUAGGGAUAAUGGAAGUUGUAGGCCAAAAACAUCUGGAGGGCCGAGGUUGAGGAAGCCUGGACUAGAAUCUAACAGGUACUGACAGCAACUACCUUUGCCCUGUUGAAAUGAGAAGAAUAUACCUGCAUUGCCUGGUAGAAUGCACCCCUUUCUGCUUGAUUCCCUAAAGUUUCAUCAAUAGAUGUCAAUUAAAAUUAUUUUUCUGAAUGUUGUUUGUAAAGGCAGGUGAAGGGGAGAGAGAGAGACAUACAGAGACAGAGAACAUAAACAGAUGUGGUGGAAAUAACUAUUUCAUUUCCUCCUUGGGAUAUAUUACAUACAGGAGAGGCAAUGAUGCUGACACAGGGCAUGGAGGUAAACAGGAGACAAAAGUUCAUGUCCCUUUAAAUAAAUUUAAUUUUUUCCAGAGGAAUGGCGCCUGAAGGCUCAGAGGGAAACAGUAAGUUUUAGAGUGUUGAGCUUGAGCAGGGGUCCUUGGAGCAGUAAGAAAACCAAAUAAUUUCCAACAUCUGGAGUGAAUGGAUCUAACUCCUUUUCAGCAUGUUGUGACUGUCCUAAGCAGUCUUCAUGCCAAUGGAGUCACAGUUGUGGGCACAAACUAUUUACAUACCUCUAGCGCUGUUUGCGUCAGUUUCCUUUUACCUGUUGGGAUUGGGGGUUACUUCUUAGCUACCUUUCCCUCCAACUUUAAGAUUGACUUCACUUUCAUAUUUACAAGCAUGAUUUAAAAAAAAUAAUACAUCUGAUAGGCGAUCAAAUUUAAAAUAGCUAGAAAUAUCUAAUGUAUAUAGAUAUAGAUAGAUAUAUAGAUAAAGAUCAAAACUUCUUAAAUGGGUUGGCUGUUGCUAGCUUUUCCAAAACUUGUAGUUUUUAGAUUCCAGCUCUUUUAGUGUUCAGAAAGGCAGGUGGCCACUUUGGUCAUCCUACACUCCAGUCCUAAGUUAAUUACAUCACACUAUGAUUUCUGCCUACCUCUCUGGUCUGGGUUGGGUAAAUUCUCCUGAACUUCUACUUUAGGACAGACAGAGGGAGCAGCUCUUUUGUUCUUGUAUCAAAAAGAGAAUUAGCUGGUAAUUUAAAUGCUCUUAAGUAGCUAGUCAUUUUAAUUACUGUUCUGUAUUGCUUUCAAAAGAUUUUAUGCCCUGAUAUUUUGCAAGGGGGUGGUAUGUAAAUAAAUCUAUAAAUAAAGAAAACAAAACAUAUGAAUUCAAGCAGCCAAAAGGCAUAGACAGCCACAUUAGAAUAGGACUUGGUGCCUCAGCCGCUGCAGUGCUCAGGUUUCCCUCUUCAUAUGGGAAGAUGCUGCACAUGCUGUUGCAUCGAGAAGCUUUCACAUGGGGGCUCAUAAUCUUCAUGGGUUGCCCCAGUUCACUGGAGAACCAUUUGCCAACCUCCUGAUGUGGAGACUGUCUACGUGGUUGAGGCAGUGCCCAAGGCAAGGCACCAUGCCGACACUUUUUGAGCAGUUUCUGUCUUGGAGAUGGUGACAUAAACAUUUUCUCUGAGAAAUUACAGUUGGCCUUCAGAAUGGUGAAAUUUGCUCUGUUGCAGUACUUGUGCAGUGAAGGAAUAGCUUGUAGAUUUCUACUUCCUAAUUGAAAAUUCUUUGCAUGUUUUAAGAUAUAUACACACUAUUUCUGAAAAGCUUUGUUGGAUAGAAGGCUAUUGACAAGGUUUGCAGGGUGAGUUGUGGUUGCUACAGUAAUAGAGUGCUGAUGCAAACAGCAGUGUAUUUAUUAGAUAUGCACAACAGCCAUGAAUGGGUUCUGACCUUCAAACACUUUGCUUUGUACCUAGUUGCCUACCUCUGAUUACUGUUCUUUCUAGGCCGUUGCCUUCUCAGGUUCAUGGUUUCAGUUGUCCUUGGAAACUUUCAUGGGGUGAAUGGGGAUGCUGGUACAUUUUGUUCUCUCUUUCGUAAAAGUUGUUUCCCUUCCCAAAUUUACUGGUUUUGAUGUUGAGCAGUUUUCUUCAAAAGCACAGCGAUGUCUGUUGUGUUUCAAAUUGCUCUGUCUGCUAGGACAGUCUAGUCUAUAGGUAAAAACAUUAGGUGUGCUAUUAAUCGUUGAAGUGUAAGGCAAAUGAAAAAAAGGGAAAGUGUGGUUUUUGCCAAAAAAAAUGUUACAGUUGACAUUUUUAGUUUGGGGGAAAGGAAGCAUGCAGAGUGGGAACCCAGGAAGGCAGAGGACAUGUGAUCAAACUUUUCAUCCUAGCCUUGUAGAUUCCUCCUCUGCUUGCUUCCUGCUUUUGUGCAGCCAACUGCUGGGGUCCUGUCAUGCCUGAGGCUGUCACUACAAAGUUUCAAGGUCAGCCAACAACAACAACAGAGGAGUCUGAGGAGUACUGACCUGCCCUCCACCUCAGCUGAUGCAAAGGGAUUUCAAAGCAGGAGGAGGGUGAUCUCAGCACCAUUAUCUCAGCCUCUGCAUCUUUGUACCAGGUGUCAUCUGCAGAUGGGGAAAAAACAUUUAUAUGGCAGUCCCUUUUCAGAGGAUGGCAGGGCAUCAAGCAGCUAACUCACAUAGCUGCCUGCAGCUGACUUUAGCAGAAUGCAGUGCCUUUUCAAAAAUGCACCACAACUGCUCAAAUGCCACACCCCAUGUCUUUUUUGGGGUCUCCCUCCUCCAUGGCUACUAAGUCCUUCACCUCCAGCCUUUUUUUUUUUUUUAACUGAGGAACAAUUUAUUCAUAGAAUUUAUGGGCUGUUAUUGAUGAUUUCACCAAUUAAAUGUUAAAACAAAACAAAGAAGAUAGAUAGAAGAUAGAUUUCAAAAACACUUUAGAAUGGCAUCAGCACAUUCAGAGUUUUCUGUCUCCCCCAGUCCCCAGACAGGAGGGAUAGCUAGAAGCCAGACAAAAGCCCCCAGCUAAACAUGUUCAUGCUGCUUGUUCACUGUUUAUCAGAGGAACCUAAUCAGUAUUCGCCUGAACUCACAUCUGCUGGCUUUCUAUCCUCCUGCAGAAUGUUGCCUCUCAGGGCUUCCCAUACAGGCACCUCAUUCUCCCCUCUUAAUCAAGGGGACUUCCAACAACAGAGUAGCUUGGAGAAGGGAGCUAGAGAAGGGUCACUUGGCAGCAGAACUGAUGGGUAAUCCACUACCAGACUUACUCAUAAUUAUGAUAUUUUUUGCCUUUAUUAGCAAAAGCCUUAUUGUCACUUGGUUUACAACCUUGGCUCCUCAGCCAUCUCAAAUGAGUUCCAGAGGCGUACUGGUGUUUUCUGAGUUCUGGUCAGCCUCCAAGGAAGUGUUCUUCCUCCUCCUCCUCUUCAGAUGGUAGACUUGGAAUGGGUUAGCUCCUUAAAGAGCAAAAAGGAUGCUAAACUAGCUCACAGGUUCUACACUCUUUCUUCCCAACCAAUGGAAAAACUAGAAAUCCCAGUAGUAGAUUCCCUGGGGACAGUCUUGUUGUCAUGUGCUCUCUUACCUAUGGAUAAUGAAUGUUGCAUUAAGAGCCUAUUGAAAAGAAAUCCAAUGUGGCAGUCAAGAAAUCUCAUUUGGACUAAGCCCUGGCUUUAAGAGCCACUUCUACUUUCAUUCUUUAAUUAUCAUUUUAUUUCUCUGACUUGCAAACCUUCAAAACAAGGAUUUGGAUGAUAGAAUCCUCCACAGAGCAUUGAGAAGGCUGGCCAAGGCCUUGGCAUUCAUUGUAGAUCCCACCCUGAAUGCUUUGCCAUUUUUCACCAGGCGAUCACUGCUACUCUGGUAGAAGGAGUUCACCACCCACCUCCCAUUUUAAUCAGUGCCCUUUAACAGGAUUUGUCUCUUUGGUGAUGUGUACUCAAGCAACCCCUUGUAGAAACAAAGGACAAAUGCAUCCCAACAGGGGAGGGACAGCCUAGAUAUACUUAUUACUCAUUUCACCUCAGUAAAAGCUCAUUUCACCACAGGGAUUAUAGAAACUGAAGCCCACAUGGUGACACAUAUUCUAGGGCAGACCUGCUGAGCUGCCAGCCUUCCUCCAGUGGGAAGAAGAUUGAAGUUGUUUCUCCUCACCUAGGAACCCUAAUUGGACAACUGGGUGUUAAACCCAGUCACAGAAUUUUAGUCCAGACCAAAAGACUGUUUUUGACCAUGGCCAGCCUUCUGGUCGGAGGUGAAACAGGUGAUAACAUCAUUCAGAAUCUGUUAGAUAUAGGGGUCAUUGAGCCAGUUCCCUCAGAGGAAUAAUUCUCUGCUUUAGUCAGUCAUCUUUGUUGACCCAAAGGAAAGAGGGAACUGGAUGUCCAUAUUGGACUUGGAAUAUGUAAACAUAGAAUCAGAGAGUUGGAAGAGACCACAAGGGCCAUCGAGUCCAACCCCCUGCCAAGCAGGAAACACCAUCAGAGCACUCCUGACAUAUGGUUGUCAAGCCUCUGCUUAAAGACCUCCAAAGAAGGAGACUCCACCACACUCCUUGGCAGCAAAUUCCACUGUCGAACAGCUCUUACUGUCAGGAAGUUCUUCCUAAUGUUUAGGUGGAAUCUUCUUUCUUGUAGUUUAGAUCCAUUGCUCCGUGUCCGCUUCUCUGGAGCAGCAGAAAACAACAGUGUCAGGAUUUAUUGCAAGUUCAGGAUGGAGUCCCUCAGGACCACCAGGGAGGCAAUUCACAAAGUGGACUCCAUAGAUUUAACAGGGCCAUGCCUUCAUAUCCCCGUAUCCUUUCUGUUUGGGCAACUCCUGAGUUUUGUAUACCAGCAGACAGGUAGACACUGAUAUCGGUAGCAUCCUUUCACUUCCUGCUCUUUGGGUCUUUAUCUAGGAACAGAGCAUGACAGGACUUACAGAAAACUUUGGCUUCAUUAUAAACAAGCACAAAAGCCAUCUCUACCCACCCAGAAAGUUAUGGCACAUGGGAGCAGUUCUAGACCCAGAAAAAAGAAUUUAAUGUGCUUUUCACAGGAGAGAAACCAGAACUUUCUUGCAAACAGACCACUGCUUUUUCUAGCAGUGCUCCUCUCAUAGAGAUUUGCAGGGCAGCCAUAUGGAAAUCCUUCAUGUUCACCAAACGUUUUUACCUCCACUGAGUUGGCUUUGGGGGAGAGAUUGCUCUAGCGUGUUCUCCCUCUGCUUGAACUUCAGCCACUGUUCAUUUUCUGUUUCCCUCCCUGGUGAUCAGGGCAGCUUUUGCACACAUCACACUAUCAGAUGCUCCUUUACUCUAAACUGAGAAAGGAACUUGGGGCAUUUAUCUUCUUUUGGGGUGAACAAGGCAUCCAAGGCUCACUCUACCACAGCCAACCUCUAGCACUUAUUAGACACUCCUGAACAGUUACAUCUGCUGAGGCCUCCGGCUGGCAUCAGGUCCCCUGCAGCUCCAGUUCUUUACACUUCUCAGCAAACUCUUCCUCAGGCUUGGCCAUAGGGCAGAACAGAGAAGGAGUCUACAUGACCAGGCUGAACUGCAAAGGUUUGCUCACAAGUUCUCUAAUUUUCUGGGUGGUAAGGGUCAGCCCACCUGAUUGGGGUUUUCUUCACUCCAAACCAGAAGGAACCUUCAUGGUAAGUGUCCAAUGUUCCUUUUGUAUUGUGUUUUAGUGAACAUAAUAAUGGGACUCCCAUCAGCUCCAACUAGCUCAGCGGGCUAAAUGGGCUCUUGUGUGAUCCAAAGGCACACAGGAUGGCCCAUUAAUACCCUGCCUGCUCCCUGACUAAUGACAUUCUGUCAGUCCCAUCAACCUCACAAGCCCAUGGGGGGUGCACCAGAGAUAGAGCUUCAUCUGUGGCUGGUCCCAUAUUGUGGAAUUCCCUCUCAGGAGAGGCUAGACUGGCUUCCUCUUUGCUAUCCUUGCAGACGAUGCUGGUCACUGGGCUGAUGUAAGGGCACAUCGGAUUUCAAUUGCUACUUCUAAAUGUGUUUUGAUAUAUUUAAACUAUUGGGUUUACUAGUUAAUUUUUAUUACUGUAUAUUUUGUGAUGCUAUUUUUUAAUGUUGGAAGCUGCCUUGAAUCCCAACAUGAGAGAAAGGUGGAAUAGUAAUACAUUGAAUAAUCAGAACAAGGACUUUAUUGUACGUUGACUUGUUGAUCUGGUUUUCACAGAGAUGUAUUUCUUGAGGGUUCUGUAAUGAAGGCUGUAAUCCAAGACACAGUUACCUUGAAGUCAAGAGGGCUUACUUCUAAGUAGGCAUGUUUAGGAAUGUUUUUUAAAAAAUGCAUUGAAGAAUAGCUUUCACUACAUUGCAGCUAUAUCCUGCAUUUACUUUUGAGAAGUAUUGAUCACUGUUAGGAACACGUGUUUCAGAGACAACAACUUUGGAAGUGUAGCAAGGCUUUGAGAGAGUAUAGUGUAGUCUUGCCGUGCGAGGGUAUAAAAUGGAGACUUGUCCCAAAUCUGAGUAAAAUGGAUGAAUUCUUAGCUUUUGUAAUAAAAUUUUAAGAUUCCCAAAGUGUUCUGUUGAUUAUCAUGUGUGCCUUCUGUAGUUUGAAGACAAAAGUUUAUGUUGGCCACAUUUCCAUGUAAUGCUAACCCCAAAAUUCUGGGGUGCUUUGCUGCUAGCAAAAAGGAGGAGUAAAGCUAACCAGAAUUUUAGUGGCCUACAGUGUUGAUUUUGCUGCAUGGUUUAUAAUCAAGUUUAAAAUGAUUUUUUUCCUGAUCUUUCUCUGGAUUUGCCUCCUAGCUUGGCUGAUAACAGUUCUAGUAAAUACUGGGGUCCCUGAGAACAAUACAAUUCAGACAUCUCAUGAUAACUCUUUGUGAGUUUCUCCUCAACAUACGUGCAUUUUUGUGUAGGAAACCAACAUUUAAUGUUGAGACUGCAGUAUGCACUUCAUAACAUAAGCUUUUUAAAUGGGACUGGCAUGCGUAGAAUGUUCAACUUAGUGUGGCUUGCCUCCCUUGCCGUAGUCAUCAGAGGAAUAGACUUCAGGUUCUUCCUAUGAAGCAUUUGCACAAGAAUCUUGGGGCUGUAUCCAGUGUUUUUCUUACUCAGUAACUUAGGUCCAUUAAUUUCAGUGGGUAUGCUCUAAGUGAAUUAGUUGUAUAUGGCCCCUUUUUCUUGAAAGAUCGUGCUCUCUAGCAUGUAGAUUCCAUGCAGCAUAGAUGUGCACUGAUCAGUAUGUAUGUUUUACACUUUUAAUUUGUGUAAGGAGGAAGAAGUAAAGAAAGAAAAAGUUCUGUUGAAGCUGGAAGUCAGGAGAAAUUGUCCCCUUUGCCAUGAGAGUUGCCAAACCUAGGAUGCUUUGGUUGAGGAGGCUUUUGGUUAAAUCAUGAUUUGUGUCCUGCAGUUGUUUCUGGAAAAGUCAUUUUAUUAUUUUCCAUCCCUUUUGUAUAUUGGGGUCUUUCCUUAGUCACUGGAGACUGGUAAAAAUUAAAAGAAACUAUGCUCCAGUGUUAACUUACUGGAGAGAAAUCUCAAUCUGGUGAGACUCUCUAAAAUAUAUCCGUGUGGGGGUACUGUGAGGGGGGGGGGAGUAGUGGCUGCAUUUUCACAUGAAUGGUUUGCUAUGUAUGUGCAGAUGACUUGUGCUUUGCUGCUUCACUAGUGGCUACAACAAAUCACAAUCCCUGUGCAAGGUUACCUUCAAACUGGGAACGUGCUUUAUUUCACUCCAGACAAGCUAUGAUCUGAGGCUGAGGUUUGUUCAUGUCUCUGCAGGGGUGGUUUGCUAGAGCCCUGCUUUGGACAUAGUGCUGUUCCCAUUCCUGCCAGGGCAGACGUGAAGCAGGAGCCACCUGCAUGUUCCAUGGCAAACCGCUCACGAUGGUUUACCAUGACAGGUGAAAUGUCUGAUCCCCAUUUUACUGCAUUUAUUUGAUCAUGAUGCCUCCCUUACACCACAACCAUCUAACCCCCCUACUCAUUCUUCCCAAUGAUGAUUUGGGGAAAGGAAUACUCAAAUAAACAUGGCACAUCAAUCAGAUGUUGUUGAGUCUAACAAUUUCACCAGGCUGAAAUUGCUCCCGUGAAGCAACAUCUAAGAAGGGCAUUGAUUCAGGACUGCAUUGUGCAGCAGAAGUUGCAGCCAAGCUCUGAAUCCUCUCUAGGUGAUUCUUAACAUGGCUGUGGCUUACGUGUGGUCUUAAGUUCUUAGCCCCUGUUGAUGGGAUUGGCAGCAUGUUUCCCAGUUAGCUGCCUUUCCUUUUUGAGGGUAGAUCGGUUAUAGGGAAAGUCACAGAUGUGUUUUCUCAAGUGUGCAGGUUAAAUAGAGCACAGGUGAAAAACAAUUUUGGACCUAUAUCUUAUCUUUAAUCCUAUAUACUUAGGCACAUAGAUGCUAUCUUUUUCAACAUAACAACCUCUCCGUAGACAUAGAACCUUUUUCUCUCUCACCUUUUCUUUUUCCUCAUCACAUCACUUUUCUUUCCAUACUUAAAACAUAAGUAAAAUAUGCAUAUUAGGUGUUUAAUUUGGUUUUAUUUAUUUUUCUCCUUAUGGAAUCAUGGGUAGCUUCAUUGCAACUCAUUUCUUUCUGUUUGUUUCGUAUAGGGCUGAUAGUGCAGGAUCAUUCAGACCCCCUGUUCAGUUCAUAUGCCAAUAAGUCCCACUACCUACUGAAUGAAUCAAAUCGUGCUGAGUUGAUGAAAUUACCUAUGAUUCCUCCUUCUUCGUCAGCUUCCAAAAAGAAAUGUGAGAAAGGUAACCAAAAUAGCUUCUUUCUCUUUUUAAUUUUCUUUCACUUUCCUGCUUUUCCUUUCUUUUUGUUUGCUUUUAAAAACAAAUCAAGCUCUCUAUGCUCAUCCAGCACCUUCUUGUUGCGCUUGAUAAACUUCACUCAUCGCUUAUUGUGAGUCUGCAUUCAUGUUGGCAAAAAUAUUACAAAGGGGCUUAAAAUAAUUGCCAAAUUCCGCUCUGUUACUGAGCUGCACUUUACCAACCAAAUCUAAUAGACUUUCCUGAAAGCCGUGAGACAGAAUCUGUUGUGUCUUUGUGUUGCAUGUUAACCACACUAGAUGAGAUAAAUGCCCAUUUGAGCCUCUCUCAGACCUGUUUCACAGCCAGAAUGGGAUUGCCUAGAGGUUGCAAGUAUGUUAGCCAGUGAUUCCAGGAGAAGAUUUUUGGUGCCGUGAUUUGUAAGAUCACCAAGACCCCUUUUCAAGCCAUCGAUUGUAUAGGGCUGCCAUGUAUUUGAACCAAUCCUUGCCAUUCCUGUCUGGAUGGCUUUCACAUUUCUCAACUGCCAUUUUUCUGUUGAGAAGCCUUUGCUCGACUUAGUCAGUCUCCAUGAGGAAGAAGGCAGCCUUUUAAUUGCUUGUUGAUAUUUCCUUAGGCAGCUGGAUAGCUUUUGCUGGUUUAAUUCCCAGAAGAUUCCUUCUGACCAGUUGUCGCCGCUUAAGGAGGAUAAGGUUAUCAAUGACUAUUUAUUGCCUCCAGCAUCACAGGCAGUGUGCCCUCUGAACACCUGAGUAGGAGAGGGUUGUUGUGCUCAUGUCCUGCUUGUGGGAUUCUCAUAGAUAUCUCACUAGCCACAUGAGAACAGAAUGCUGGACUGCUGGAGAUAAAUAAUACCCACACCUUUGGCCUGAUCCAGCAAAGCUGUUCUUAUGUUCUUAUCCCCUCAUCCAUUUUCAUUAAUGUGGUAUAACAGAAUGCACAUAUUACACACAGCUGAUUUGUUUCUCUACCUCUCCCUGGAACCAUACUUCUCAUGGGGUUCCUAAGAAACUACAUUUGAAGAGAGCAAAUUUAGUACUUCCAGCAAGAGACAGUUGGGAAUAGGAAGGAUGGCUUUAAAAAUGUGGUCACCUGAUGCUACUGAAUAAUUCUCUUAAGGGCUUCACACGUAGAAAUGACUCUUGCACAGUUGUAAUCGUUCUUUAAAUUUCUGAAGAUUCAAAAUUGCUGUUUAAUUUUGAGACUCAGACAAGACAGAAGACCAGCCAGGUGACAACUCUGCAACAGUCCUUCAGUUCAAAUGAGAACAAGAGUAGGACACCAGUUUUGAAGGAAUUUGGAGAGGUUCCAUGCAUGUAUAGACCCUAUGUAUCCACAGGAGGAGCUUACCCAGCCAUCUGCCAUGUUCCCUGCCUUCACUUCCACUUGGCACAUAUAGCUCUUAGGAAAACAUGAGGUUGCAUCCAACAUAAGACAAACUCAAAGUAGAUCCACUGAAAUUAAUAAACACGGCUAGUUGAGGUCUGUUAAUUUCAGUGGGUCUAUUCCAAGUAGAUGCUAGUUGGAUAAGAACCCAUAAUGUUCACUAUGAAGACUUUGGUUGGGCCUGCCUUCUCAACUGCAUGUGAGCUGUACACAGUUGGAGCCUUGUCCAAACUAGGGCUUUUGUCUGUGAAGUUUGGAAAACAGCUUCUAUUGUUUCUGAGUGCUUAAACUCUCCAAAAGAGUGUUGACCUGGUUCCCCUUGCUAAUAGCUCACUCACCUUGUUGCUGUUCUUAAGCUAGUCUCCAUCACUGAGAGACUUGAGACACUUGAGACUUGAGAAUUAUUUUGAGCCCUCUUUAUGCUUGGCUUCAGCAAAUCUUACUAAUGCAUUGUAAGAGCCAAUUUCCUGCUUAGCAUUGGAAAAUUGUGUGUGUGUGUGUGUGUGUAUGUGUGUGUGUGUGUGUGUUUUGUUGGUUGUUUGCUUUGGUUUUCACAUCUUUUUGACAUUUUACCUUAUUUGGGCAUUUUUUUCAAUGAUUGGAGCUGUAUUUCCUCUGAAAUGGUGUUUACGCUUUUAGAAUUAAUUGUGGGAUUUUGAAAUGAAAGGGAAAUCAAGCAUUUUAGGCUUUAUUGCAUCCACAGCAGAGGAAAUAUAGUAAUUAUUUUGUUGUUGUUUUAACAAACUCUUUUUUGAGCUCUGUAACAACCAGUGCAAUCACAGCUUUGAAAGUCUAUAGGUGGACAAGAUUUUCUGACAGCCUUUUGGAAAACAUGAACCCAAAUUUCUCCAGAUACUAAAAAGUCCCACAAAAGCAGCUUAAUGCUGUGUCCUAAAUUUUGAGCCCCCCCCCCGGCUUUGCAAGAGUGCUUGUUUGCUGUCAACAACAUAUUUGAACAAAAAUCAAGUCCCCACUUGCAAAUAUCCCCAUCCGUUAGUAUAAAUAUUUAACUACUUCAAAAUACAGGUAGCUCGUGCAGAUGUGAUGUCCCUGAUCACACUGGUUUGAAGCUUCCCAUAGUAAGAGCCAACCUUGGUGCAGAUGUCAGGCUACUGUGGGGUUUGCUCCAAAAGCAGAAAAGUAGGGAAAGUGUUUGAAGGGAGGGAUGCGCAAGUGAGUUUAGCCUGCUGUGCACUUUAGAGAAGGGAAUUGUUACAUCUGCACAAGCCACGUAGUGCAGGAAACCUUUGUUUUGGAGAGUCAGCAAAUAUUUGCAAUUUAGAGAUAAUAGAAUUUAUUUUUCUCUUGUAUCGUUUUUGAAGCAGAAAAAAAUUGAUCAACCUAUAGGCUAACUUUUAUGCACUAACUGAUUGCUAAGGGAUUCAGUCAUGGCAAUGCUGGUUUAAAACAUAUUACAACCAGUCAUUUAUCUGAAAUAUUGGCAUCUCUUAAUAUUAAGACUGCCUGAGAAAAGGAAACUUCCACAUAGUUUUUUUUAUAUUCAAAAGUAAGUCUGAUUUGGCUGUGUAACAUAAAAAGUUGAUGUGCUUUAUCAAAUCACAUGGCUUGGGAGGUUUUUUUUAUUAGCCUUUAACAUACAGAAUAUGUGUUUUUAAAUCCAGCAUUGCAAAUUUGACUUGAUCCUUUUGUUUUGCCGUUUGUAUUGUAUGGGUUGGUAAUACUGGGCAUAUUGCACUUGAGAGACGGUGAAUCCUGCCCGACGCCUUUAACUAUAAACUGAGCAAUGUUGUUUGUUUAAAGGUGGGAAACUGUUGUGCUGUGAAUCAUGUCCAGCGUCCUUCCACCCGGAAUGUCUCAACAUCGAGAUGCCAGAGGGCUCCUGGAACUGCAAUGACUGCAAAGUGGGCAAGAAGCUACGGUACAAGCAGAUUGUUUGGGUCAAGCUGGGAAACUACAGGCAAGUGAAGCCCAACUCAAAAUACUUUGUGGUUAUCCCAUUAUUAUUAUUAUUAUUAUUAUUACUACUACUACUACUACUCUAUCAUGAUUUCUUUUUUAAAACUAUACAGGUAACUCACAUCUUAUGCAGGGGUUAUGUUUCUAAAUUGCUCAAAGCCUCAACAACCCCUAGAACUGCUCCCACCUCCUGAGAUCUGGCUGUUAAGCCCUCCAGCUUUCUUACUGGGGUCUCAGGAAACUUGUACUCAUGCAGCCUCCUUGCAGCUUCCCUUCCCUCAGCAGCGUUCCUCAGUCAUCUUCUAGCUGCUGCUGCUGCUGCUGCUGCUGCCGCCUCUCCUUCCUUGACUGCUGCUGCUCUUUCUGUUCUAUCCCUGCAAACCCACAAACUUUCUUUUAAAAAAGAACAUCUUUACCCCACCCUGGCUCUGCUUUCUGGUUUUUUCCUGUUCUCUUUGUAUCUGGAAAGCCCAGCAUGGAGAAAGCUGUUAAGCCCUCCAGCUUGCUUACAGUAGCGGGUCUCUUAGCAGCUUUCUCCACACCCCGUUCUCCAUGCUGCUGCUGGGCUCCUUCCUGGGGCUGCUGGGCUCUGGUUACCCCAUGCAGAGGAGCCCAGCCCGAGGGACAGGAUUUGUGUGAGUCACUGUUUCUGAGCCAGCCUUGCAGAAAGGAAGAGGAAGGGGGAUGUAGGGGGGUUGCUAUUCUGCUUGGACCACCCACUGGCCCUUCUCUCUGCCUACUCCAAGCACUUUGUAUUUAAUUCAUUAUUUUCUGGCCAAGCGUGCAAAGCUGCAAUCCCAUAAGUGAAAUUAGCAAAAGAUGCGAGUUACCUGUACAAAAUACUUUGCAGAUUUUAUUUUUCGUCAUAUUUGUAUGCUUCCCCUCUUCUCCGGAGCUUAGUGCAGCUGGGGGGGGGGCGGCAUUCCCUCUUUUUAUUUUCACAGUAAGAGUGAAAGAUAGGUUAUGUUCAGAGAAUAAGACCUGGCCCAAGAGAAUUCAAGGAGCUUCAUGAUGUCUGGCAGUCUGAAUUCGGGUCAAGUUCCUUUCUUAAGGUUCUACCAGCCACCCUCCAGACAGUGGCAGGAUGGACAACUUUGUCUCCAGCUAUCCUUAAAGAAGAGACAGAAUUGUAUGAGAGGAAAUAGCCCUUGAUUCCGCCUGGCUCCGAACCAUUUAGGACUUUGAAUUGUGCUACGAAAUGAACCAGUAGCCAGUGAAGGUGAUUUAGAGACCUCACAUACUCCAUGUAGCUGGUUCUAGUCAGCAGCUCUGCUGCUGCUCUUUGUACCACCUGAAGCUUCUGAACAGUCUUUGGAGCAGCUUCACUUAGAGUCCGUUAUAAUUAUUCAGUUGGCUAUAAAUAAACCAGUUGUGACUCCUGGAAAGAGUGUCGUUGUUGCCUUGGCCUCAGCUGUGCAGUGGCACUCUUGGCCACAAUCCAGGAGGAAAGAUGUAUUGAAGAGGAUCCAAAAAUUGCAAACCUUUUGAAGAAAGGUUUGUGUUGUUUUAUGGUACCUUAUGUUGUGCACUGCCUUAAUAUUUUAUGUGGUAUAUGUAUACUUGUACAAAUAAAUAUCCAGUCCAUUAUUGAUCUUGGGCUACAGUUCAGGAUCUCCAGAGUCUUCCCAAACCUGAGAUGGGAAUAGAGCAAGAAAGAUGUAUCAUUCAUAACUUGAUGUUGCCAAGUUCCAGUUCUUCAGACAAUCAUUUAAAAAUAAUAUUCUUCUAAGGAAUUGCAUGGCUUAAAAGGUGCUGAGAUAUUGAAUAUGUUUGUGGAUUAAUAAAACUUUUUGCAACUUUUAACAGUAUUCAGUAGUGUUAUCUCUCUGUCUUUUCACUAGUUGUCAUAUUUUUCUGACCUAGUUAUGUGAAUUGAUUAGUAAAAUGUCUUAUGGACUAGUACUGAUGAUUGACAUUUUCAAAAUUGAAUUAUUGUCUGUUUUCUGCUUACAGAGCUCAUAUUCUCUUCUAGGAUAUACCACUUUUGCACAAACUCAUUGAAAUGAAUGGACCUUGUGCAGCUGGACUGCUGGGUGGUUAGCUCUUAAGUGAUGAGGAGUUCACUUGUAUAAGGAAUUUUCUAAGAUUGUUACCUACACUAGGAAUAAUCCUGCAGAACAUAAUUUACUAGCAGAGAGAUGGUUUGAGAGCUGCAAGACAGACAGUAUGCCUUUUAUUUAAUGAAUUUAUUUCUUAAAAACCCCUCCUUUUUUCUCACUCCAUUAUUUCUAGGUGGUGGCCAGCUGAGAUCUGCAAUCCCAGGUCUGUUCCUCUCAACAUUCAGGGCCUCAAACAUGAUAUCGGGGACUUUCCAGUAUUUUUCUUUGGUUCACAUGACUACUAUUGGGUACAUCAGGGCAGAGUAUUCCCUUAUGUUGAAGGAGACAAAAGCUUUGCUGAGGGGCAAACUAAUAUUAACAAGACCUUCAAGAAAGGUAAAAUCAAAAGACAGUUUUUAGUGGUUUAAUGACAAAAUGUUCCACAUUUUUUGUGUCUCCAUCACUACUUAAUCACAUGGAAAUUGUGGUUGUUGUGUUUUGUGUCCUGUGUGAAACUCCAGCUGAACUCUGCUGAGAACUGGUUUAAAUGUUUAUAACUAUAUGCGACAACAGUUCUGGAAUUGUUUUCCAUCUAGAAGGUAGCAAUCCCUGUGGAUAUUUGGUAAAAUGAUAAAACAUUAAUAUUAGUGCUGCAACAUUUAGUUGAUUAGUCUAUUAAUUGAUUUUUUAAAAUCUGGUAAAAAAAUCUUUGAUGAAAAAGAUGUUCCUGAUUAUUGGGCAGCAGUUUCUUUCCCUUAAAUACAUGGUGGGGGCUGGUUCUUUGUGCCAUCUUGUGAAUGGGGCAUAAGCAACAAGAGUAUGCUUCCCCACACCCCUUUAUGCAGUUAAUCAAUUAAAUGAAAUAAUAGAUUUUAAAAUUUGUAAAUUGGAGUAACAGGUCUAAAUAUUCUCUGAUGGCUUAAAACCGUUUUGUUCUGGAUUUCCAGAGCGUAGCUAUUUGUAGUGUGUUCCCUCUGCACCAACUGCUAAUACUAACUCCUUCCUCCAUUUUGGGCUCCUUCACACAGCACUUGAAGAAGCAGCAAAACGCUUCCAGGAACUGAAAGCACAAAGAGAAAGCAAAGAAGCACUUGAAAUUGAAAGGAACUCAAGAAAACCACCUCCAUACAAACAUAUUAAGGUGAGCCCCUUUUCUUGCUCUUAUUUGUGUUGGAUGUGUUGAGCACAUGAGCACUUUACAUCCACAGUGAGAAACCUUUUUCUCCCGGCCAGCCAGGUCUGCAUCUGCCCUACUCCUCAUGGGCCAGACGCGACAUGUGAGCAGGGCUACCCACUGUCAAUCACCCAAUGUUACAAUGACAUCAGGUAACCAGCCUCUCUGAGCGCAUGUUCCCUGUACAGAUUUAAAGAGGCUUGCAAAAGAGGUGCCAUAAGGACAUAGAAAGUGACAUUAUAUCAAAUCAGACUAUUUGUCCAUCUAGCCCAGGAUUGUCUAUUCUGACAGGCAGCAGCUGACAGGCAGAGGUUUUCAUUUUUUUAUUAUUAUUAAUUGCUUUAUUGAUUGUAAAAAAGAAAAAAAGUCAACAAAGAAAAGAACCAAAGGAUGAUACAAAUUACAAAAAAUUAAAUUAACUUCUUACAAUACAACUUCUUUUUAUGACUUCCAGUCACCCCAUCAAGAGUCCCAGGUUUCUUUUAAGUAGCGUACUUUUCAUUAUCACUCCAAACUUCUCCCAAAUUUUUGUUUUAAUACGUUUUCUAUGUUCAUACUGGGAUCAUUCUAGGCUAGCCAGAGAAUUCAUAUUUUUACAAUGCUCUUUUAAGAUAUUCUCUGUAAAUAUCCCACUCUGUAGUAAAUGAUUGUUCUGUAUUAUCUCUAAUUCUUCCUGUCAUCCUUGCUAAUUCUGUUUAUUCCAAUAAUUUCAUCUGACAGUCCAUUUUGGUCGGCAUGGAAUCUCCUUUCCAUUUUUUGGCUAUUAAGAUUCUUGCUGCCACUCAGUGGCAUAGCGUGGGGGGUGCAGGGGGGGCCGGCUGCACCGGGCGCAACAUCCGGGGGGGGGGGUCGCGCUCGCACUCGCAGCUCUCUGCCCCUACCUGGUUCACUCACUCUCUCUCACUGCAGUGCUGGCUGUGCGAAUCCGAUCCGAGCCGCUGGGUCGCCGCCCACUGUGGAGGGGGUGGGUGCCAGGCGUGCGGUGCGGAGAGAGAGCGAGGGACUAUCUGUGGGAGGGACAGUGCAGCGGCCACCCAGCGCUGAGCGCGGGAGAGAACCAGCCCAGGCAGCAGCAAGAAGAAGCUGGCAGCGGCGGCAGGUUAGGGGGCGCAAAUUACUUGCCUUGCCCCGGGUUAGGGGGCGCAAAUUACUUGCCUUGCCCCGGGUGCUGACAACCCACGCUACGCCGCUGCUGCCACUGUUGCAUUCAGGAAGAUUUUCCUCAAUUUUUUUGGAAUGUCUAUAUGUACAUUCGGGGUUUUAUUCAAAGGAGAUUUUAAACAUAUUUUUGAGCUUGUUAUAUUCCACCACAUGUGAAUCAUCAUACCCUCCGCCUCUCUACAUCUGCAACAAAUGCUUGACCUGGUUCUAUACAUUUUAACCAAUUUUGAUGGUGUUAAAUACCACCAGUAUAGCAUUUUCAUAAAGUUCUCCUUCAGGGUAUAACAUGCAGUAAACUUCAAGUCUUCCCUCCAUAAUCUUUCCCAGGCUUCCAUUAGAAUGUUAUAACCAAAAUCUCUGGCCCAUUGGAUCAUUACCGAUUUAACUUCCUCCUCUUUGACUUCCCAGUCUAGGAGGAGUCUAUACAUUUUAGAGAGUGAUUUGUCUUUGUUUUGAAUUACAGUGGUACCUCGGGUUACAGACGCUUCAGGUUACAGACUCCACUAACCCAGAAAUAGUACUUUGGGUUAAGAACUUUGCUUCAGGAUGAGAACAGAAAUCGCGCAGCAGCAGCAGCGCAGCAGCGGCGGCAGGAGGCCCCAUUAGCUAAAGUGGUUUUCAGGUUAAGAACGGACCUCCAGAACAAAUUCAGUUCUUAACCCGAGGUACCACUGUAGUUCUUUCUCGAGUCUACAUGGUUCUGUAGAAAAACCUUUCCUUUUAUCUAUUUUAAAUGUCUCAUUAAGCUGAUGAUAUUGUAACCAGUCAGAUAAAUGUGUUUGGAUUUCUUCAAAACAAAUUUUUAAUUUGAGUCGGUUUCCUACCUCCUCCAGUAAUACUUUGUAAGUUGCCCAGUUUCCUUUCAUAUCCUUUUUUUUAACAGAGAAUGCUUCUACCGGUGAUAACCACCAUGGCUUUUUAGGCUCUAGCAGAUCUUUAUAUUUAGACCGCACCAAAUAUAAAGAUUUUCUUAUGGCAUGGUUCAAGAAACCUUUAUGGACUUUAUCAUACCCUAAGUAGGUGUGCCAUCCGUAUCGAUUAUAAAAUCCUUCCAAGUCGAGCAGAUCGGUAUUUUGUAACAUCAUCCAUUCCUGGAUCCAGGAGAGACUGGCAGUUUCGUGAUAUAAUUUCAAGUCUGGCAGGGAACCCCCCCCCCCCUUAUAUCUAUUAGCAAUUUGUGUUUAAUCCUGGGUCGUUGUUGUCCCCGCCAUAUAAAUCUAGAGAAAUCCUUCUGCCAUUCCUUGAAAUAGCCCAUUCCCCCGAUCACAGGAAUUGAUUAAAAGAAUAAGUGUCUAUUCCAGAUCUCCAUGUUUUUUUAAAAUCUCUUUCCAGGUCUUAAUAUCUUAAAAUAAGUUUUUUGGGUUUUUUUGCCUAAGCCAUAUUCCUAGAUAUUUUACUUUCUUACUAAUUGUCAAUCUGGAAAUCCUUUCUAGUUCCUCUUUUUCUUAGGUUUCCAUAUUUUUAAUCAGCAGUUUUGGUUUUUUACUAUUGAGUUUAAAAUCCACCACCUGUCCAAAUAUUUUAAUCAUUUCCAGCGCUUUUGGUAAGCAUUCUUUUGGAUUUUCAGUCAUAAUUAUCAAAUUGUCAGUGAAGGCUUUCAAUUUAAAUGAUUUUCCCCCUACUACAAUUCCUCUUGUAUUUUCAUCACUUCUUAUUUUCCUAUUCAAUAUUUCCAAAAUCAAAAUAAAUAUUAGCUAUUUAUGAUAAGUUUAGCUCGCUGUGGUUUAACCCUACAGCGCCACCCACGUCCCUGCUGCUCCAAGUAUAUCGCCCCAAUUCCUUUGCAGAAAGUUUCUUCAAAACCCAUUUGGUUAAUUAAUCUUUUCAUGAAGCACCAGGAGAUGUUAUCAAAUGCUUUUUCCUUGUCUACCAACAUUAGUUUAUAAAACAUUAGUCCCCUCGCCUUGCUUCUCACACGUGGACCGGGAAUCCUUCUUUUUGGCACCACAGAGGCUUCUAGGGUCUCAGGACACCCACCUGAGCCUUUGGGAGCCGCGUUGCCCCCCAGGUCCCCUACAGCGAUCAGGUUUGCCCCUGGAGAGAACGAACAUGCGCCCUGAUAUGAGUCAUGGCAAACCAGAAGUCCCUUGACAGGCAAAGGUUUUCCAUCACCAGCUAUCUGAAUUUUUAACAGGAAAUGUCAAGAAUUUAACCUUCUAAAUACAAAGCAUGCACUCUGACACUGUGCUGUAGUCUGUCCCCAAAAGUAGCCAUACGAAAACCACAAAUGCAAUUUUAAACUUGGUACAUUUCCGGGGGGGGUGUGUGCAUGGCUUACGAAAUUCUGAGAGUGCAAAUGAUGUACAUGCAUAUAUGAACCAAAUCUCUGUGUGUGCUUGCAUGCAAGUGUUAGAAUUACACAUUUUAUCUUUUCUUCUUUUUCUGUUUCACAGUCCAACAAAUUAGUAGGGAAAGUUCAGAUCCAAGUUGCAGACUUGUCAGAAAUCCCUCGAUGUAACUGUAAGCCAACGGACGAAAACCCUUGUGGCUUGGAGUCAGAGUGUCUGAAUCGAAUGCUGCAGUAUGAAUGCCACCCCCAGGUUUGCCCUGCAGGAGAGCGCUGCCAGAACCAGUGCUUCACCAAAAGACUCUACCCAGAAGCAGAAAUUAUAAAAACGGACCGGCGCGGCUGGGGUCUGCGGACAAAACGCAGCAUUAAGAAGGUAACAUAUAGGAUGAAUGCUUUUGAACCGUUGUAGAGUGUUUAAAUAGAUGGCUGCUUUGGGGGGGUGUCUUCCCUUGCAUUGUAGCCCAUACAAAUAAACUUUGAGACAGAGUAGGUGAAAAUAAUUCUUGUUGGUCAGAUUGGUUUUAAAUGUACAACUCAGAGAGUAGCUGGAAGUGGGGAGGGAGAAAAAGGUCCUCCUCACCUUCCACUAUGCAGUUUUAAUCUGAAAUCUUAGGUGCUGUACUGCACCAGAGCUCAGAAACUGCUCGCGUUAAUGAAAUUCCUUGUUGCAAAAUGCGCCUGGAACAACGGGAGCUUCGAUCGCUGGAAGAGGGCCCUUUCUGCUGUCACACCCCAAGUUUGGGAUUUCUUCCUCAAGCAGUUGUUUUUGGAGCUGACACUGCCAGCUUCUUGAAGGCUUUCCUAUUUGCCCAGGAAUUUUUAGGUUGUGGUUGGAUUUUUGUUCUCAUUUGCUCUUUAGUGGUUUAGAUUGUAACAUUUUUUUGCCUCAUUCUACUUAAUUUUGUUUAUUUACUGGUUUUAAAUUGCAUUUAUAUCUUGUCUAUGAAUUCAUUUUUCUUCACACUUUGUACACUUCCUGUUAAUCUUUUGAUAAAGGGAGAAAUGUUUUAAAUUAAUUAAGCAUAUUUAGUAGAAGCAUAUUUCUUUGGGUUUUAGAAGGCCUGAAGCCAGACAGAAUUAGGAGGGAUCAUAAAAAUUACGUUAGAAGGAAAUGUAGUUCUACUUCCGUCUUUAAUACAAGUAUAUGUGCCUUAAGCUGCUGCAAAGGUUUCCGUGGUCCCAUUGCUUGCUAAUUCACAGGUGUGUGAAUCCAAAAUGCUUAAUGAUUUUUAUUGAAUGAACCUCUUCAGCGUUAUUCUGUGAGGGCACUGUAACCUUUUUGCAAAUGACUGUAUUUAGAUUGUCUUACCAAAGGCCACGCAGCUUAUUUUAGUGGUGCAUGAUUCAAGUUUCAAUCUCUUUUUCUGCUGUACCACACUGCUUGUCUCCCAACAAUGGAGUUUAUUCCUUGCAGUAGCAUCACAAAUUGCCAGCAUGCAUUUCUUUUUAAUCUUUUCAGGGUGAAUUUGUCAACGAGUAUGUUGGUGAGCUAAUUGAUGAGGAAGAAUGCAGAUUGCGAAUCAAACGAGCACAUGAGAACAGUGUGACCAAUUUUUAUAUGUUAACUGUUACAAAGGUAAAAAGAAGACAUUCUCUCUAUGUGGGACUGGUUCAUGUAAUGCCAUCUCAGUUUCAAAUGGGUUACACUUUAAAUGCCACUGAAAUCCCAGUAAGUGACAUCCACUGCAUGGAUUACCACAAUGAGUGACAUUGCAAAAGGCUUGAAAUGAGCCUAUUUAGCCUGGCUGGCUGGCUGCUCCACCAUAUCCUUGCAGGGAGUGUGGUGAUGCUACUGCAAGGGUAUGUGGGAAUCAGGCAAUUAGAAACUGGAUUGAGAUAUCCAUGAAGCCUUCAUAAACCAUGAGGCCACUCAUUCAGGUGGAAUUACAAGGGCAACUACUUGCCUGUUGAGUCUGGAAUGCAGCGAGUGGCAAACUGUGUAAAAAAAAAAAGUUAUAGCUAGGAAUUGUCCUUAGGACUGAGUGAUGUCAGCUUUUCAAAAUCACAAUUUGUCACCAGCCUAAGAUCACAAUCUGGGGGUACACCGCAAUGUUGAAACAACAAGCUGUGUUGGCCCCAGCCCUGCGAAGCCCGGCGUGACUGCCGCCACUCUUUCCGCAGCACUUCGCGGGGCCAGGGACAACGCAGCUUGUUCCCAGCGCCAGGCACUGGGGGUGGAGGGAAUCCAUCCUCAGCGUGCAGAGGGAGCAGGCUGCCUCAACCUCGGCUCCUCACUGGGGCUUCCUUGCACUGCUCAGCUGGGGGGUGCAAAGGCUCCUGCCCCCCAGCUGAGGGAACCCUGAUAUCUCUCUGGCUUGUGUGCAAGGCAUUGGGGCUCACUCAGCUGUGUAAUGGAGCUGCCUCCUUGCCUCUGGCUCAUGUGAGCUGGAGACGGGGUGGGAGCUUCUUCAAACUGCUCUGCUCAGGAGCACAUUGCUGCCCAAGCCUUUGUGGAGCACUUGAAAGAAGCUGAGGGAGAAACAAGCUGAAUCGCUCUGGUGAUACAGUUUGCUCCUCCCUCUGUGGUAUGAGGGGCAGAGCACGGUGGCAGCUUCACCUGGAAGUAUACCUUGGGUGAAGCCACCACCGCUCUCGAGUCCCUCUGCUACCAGCAGCCCAAUGUUGGAAGCAGCGCUGGCAGCAAAGGGACUUGGGAGAGGCAUUGGCUUCAUCCUCUGUAUGAAGCUGCCAGGUGAAGCUGCCAUCACGCUCUGCCUCUAAUACUAGGCAUAAUUGGCCUCAGAGAAUGUGCCCCCCAAGGCCACCUCACCCUAAGAAGUCACUCCUGCAAGCACGCACUCCCCACUUGGUUGAGGUCUCAUGCUAAUCUGCUUGUUGCCCUUCAGCCUCACACUUAGCGGAGGCCUUGUGCUUCUGUGCUGCGGUCAGCAUUUGGUAGCAGCACGUGUUGGGAGAUUCCAUUCCACCUUUUGUUGCAGACAUGAGAUUGUUGCGUGUCACAUGUCUGUUUGCAGUCCAGCACAGACUGCUGGGUCUCGUGAGUGGAACGUCUGCUCUGUGUAUUGCUUUUGGUUUUGAGCCUCUCUCUGAGAAGACGGCAAGGAGAGAUGACAUGUUUCUUUGUUCUGAUUUAUGUAUAAUAAAUCCGUAGGUUUAGUAUGUAUCCCCAGCCUCAAGCCUCUUCUGUUGUGCUGCUUACUCAGCUACAUAUAGUGUGCUCAAGGCAGCAUGUUGGUGUGUGCAUGAUCCGUUGGUCCCAACUGCUUUGCGGGGAGAGGCGACAGGGGUUUUUCUUCGUUUUUCGCUUGUUCAUCCUAAUAGUAAGGACCAACCCAUUGCCCUAGCCCCACCCGCUGGUUCAUCUUGAUAUGAGCCAUGAGCCACAAACCUUCUGAAUAUAUGGAGUUCACACAUCUAGUUCGAAUUGAGGUAAGGUUGGUGCUGGGAGACAGACCCUGCAGUAUCAGGUGGAAGACCCACCUUGUGCAGCAUUCUGUUCUUAGAUGAGUUGCAAACGGGAAACCUGCAAGUUGGACCUGUGCAGUCACGAUCUCCCCUCUGGCAGUGCUUAGCAUUUGCCAUUCAGGGCUUUCAUGUGGUAGAAGCACUUUGUAUUUCUGGGCCAGUUACUUCUCUACAAACACAGUUCCACAUUGGUUUGUGCCUAAAUUCUUUCCUGUCUCAGUGAAUGUUAUCUGCAGAUAGUUUUGUUGAAACUUUGAAGAGUCUUGAGGUAACUUAAUAUCUGGCGCAAGAAAGUGUGUUGCUUUUUGCUACAACGGGAUGGAUUCAAACUUAAGUCUUAGACAUUUUGUAUAUGAUUGUGUCUCUGUUCUUUGGUCUUUUUGAAGGACCGUAUAAUAGAUGCUGGCCCCAAGGGAAAUUACUCUCGCUUUAUGAACCACAGCUGCAACCCCAACUGUGAAACUCAGAAAUGGACAGUGAGUGGAGAUGUCCGAGUUGGGCUCUUCGCUCUCUGUGAUAUUCCUGCAGGUAAGAGUGCUUUGGCGUUGCUCCAUUUCCUUUUAAUGUUACUCUGUCUUCCUCGCAUGCCUUGCAGCCUUUUCUUGCCUUUUUCUUGAGGAUCUGUAAUACUGUAAAUUGUUGCUCUGUUGCUAAUAUAAUUGGGUGAUGGUCCUGAUCCUCAGGUAGGGGAUAGAGAAGUGGCAGCACAACAGCCACGUUCUGCAGUGGAAUCAGGCCUUCUAAGGCAGCUGUGCACAUCAGGAAGGGUCUGCGGUGGUUGAGACCAUUCUCACACUUUUUAUCUCAUGAGCACUGAAUGGGCACAGAAGGCCUGUCACUGCCAUGAUUCAAGGCCUUUUGCUUUAGACAAAAAGGGAGGCAUACAGCGUCCUAUUUGGAAUAGACCCACUGAAUGUAAUAAACAAGACUAAAUAAGGAUCAUUGAUUUUAUCUGGUCUACUCUGAGUAAACAAGGUGAGUAAGGUGCAGCAUGAAAGAGGUGUAUAAACUAUGUGUGGUGUGGAGUAAGAGAAGUUUUCCUUACUCUCCCAUAGUACUAGAACCUGAGUUCUCCAAUAUAGCUGAAUGUUGGAAGACUCAGAACAGACAAAAAAAGUACUUUUUUGCACAAUGCAUGUUUAAACUAUAGAAUUUGCUGCUGUGAGAUAGAGUAAUGACCACAAACUUGGAUGGCUUUAAAUGGGAAUUUGACAAAUCCAUGGAGGAUAACACUUUCAAUAGCUGCUAGUCAUUCGGGCUAGGCAACAUCUGGUUUUCAAGAUCUAAAUAUCACAAUAUACCAAUAUAUUACAAUGUCCUGAAUGUUGUCUUGGUUGCUUCUUCCUUUCCACCUUAGGGGAGGAAGAUGCAGCCGAGAGACAUGCCCAGCCCUGCUGAGCAAGCCCUGAUGCCUCUCCAGCUCAUGUGAGCUGGAAGGCUGCAAGAACUUCCUUAAACUGCUCCACUGGGAAUGGGAAGUCUCCUACCCCUUAGCUGAGUGAGCCCCCAUAUUGCUCUGACUCGCGUGAGCUGGAGAGGCAGGCGGAUUCCUCAAAGGCACAGGCAGGCAGAGCCCAAGAAGAUGCUCUCCCAGAACCCUCUCAGGCUCCAUCUGCCUGCGCCUUUGCUGUCUGCAGGCAAUUUGAGCUGGUGUGAUGUAUUGCCAGCUCAAAAUGUCUGAAACUGGUAUCACAAUCUGAACGCCAUACUGGUUUCAGACAAUUUCCCAAUAUAUUGCCCAGCUCUUCUCGUCAUGAUGGCUUUGUACUCCAAUAUUGGUUGUGGUGCUCCUUCAGUCUCAGUUGCGGGGGGAGAGUGCUCUUCUGUUCAUGUCAUACUUGUGGGCUUCCCAUUGACAUUUGGGUGGCUGCUAUUGUGGAUUCCUUCUCUGGAAAAUUCAUUGCACAGUUUUUGCCAAAUGCUGCAGAUGCACCUCUUUACCCUUGACAUACAUGUGUGAUACGGAUCCACUCUAGUUGUCAUGGUAAUUCAUUCUGAACUGUUUUUAAUGUUUUAAGGGUAAGUGUAGAAGAAUAAGUGUGGAAUUCACAUGUGCAUACCAUAUAGAAAUAGGGCAGGCAAGGGAUCUGGAUCCUGAAAGCCAUAACACCAGGUCAGUUUAGAAGAAGUUUCUUGGCUGAAAUGCUCUGACCCUGAUGGGCAAGAGGGGCAGUCACAUUUUUAAAAAUAUGUUGCUUGCUUGUCCAACCUCUUUUAAGAUUUGACAUGUGCUGGCGCAUCAUAAUUUUUUGAAAUACACUUGAUGCUGACAUUGUUUCACAAACAGCUAGUGUGUAAAGUGCUUCUUUUGAACUUCUAGGGAUGGAAUUAACAUUUAACUAUAAUUUGGAUUGCCUGGGGAAUGGCAGGACAGAAUGCCACUGUGGAGCAGAUAACUGCAGUGGAUUCCUAGGAGUGCGGCCAAAGGUUAGUUGUGCAAGCGGAGUAAAGCCCUCUCGGACAGAAUCGGCAAAUAGAAACCUUCAUGCUUAAUGGCACACGGUAGUAAAGCUCAUUGUGGGAGAAAAACGGGACCAUCCGUCCCUGUUCUUUCUUGUUAUAAACAAACACAGCAUGUACAAAACAUCUGGUGCCUGCUUGGAUCUAUUUGGGUGAGGUACUACUUUUUGUUACUGGCUGCUGGUGUCUUCAGGUGUCAGUGCCAGAGCCUGAGAAACAGAAGGAAGGGGGGGGGGCUGGCUCUUCUUUUUAAUGGUAAAAGGUAAAGGACCUCUGACAGUUAAAGUUGUCUAAUCCAGUGACUCGGUGACUCUUUCCUCCAACUGCUAGACGGCGUGUGCAACAGCAAAUGAAGAGAAAGCAAAGAAUGCAAAAUUAAAGCAGAAGAAGCGGAAGAUAAAAACAGAGCAGAAGCAGAUGCAUGAGGACAACUGUUUCCAGUGUGGAGAUGGGGGUGAAUUGGUCAUGUGUGACAAAAAAGACUGUCCCAAAGCAUACCACCUCCUCUGCCUUAACUUGACACAGCCACCCUUUGGUAGGUGCUUCCUGACUUGACUUUACAGGUUUUUCUUGGUAGCCAUGAACCUCUGUGUGGAAUUAUUAAGAGCAGGCAGAGUUCACCGGUUUAACUUUGUGACACCUAGGAAACAGUUUGAUAUUCCAACAACAUCCCGGAGGGAAGGGAGGGGGUAAAAGUUCUCCAUCCCUGGCAUAUGUGAUGGUUAAUAAUAAUGGGACCAAGUAAAGGUGAAGGUAAAGGACCCCUGGACGGUUAAGUCCAGUCAAAAUCGACCAUGGGGUGAGGGGCUCAUCUCCGCUUUCAAGCCAGGAAGCCGGUGUUUGUCUGCAGACAGUUUUUCUGGGUCGUGUGGCCAGCAUGACUAAACUGCUUCUGGGACACUGGGACAGAAGCCAGAGUGCACGAAAAUGCCGUUUACCUUCCUGCCACAGUGGUACCUAUAUAUCUACUCACACUGGUGUGCUUUCGAACUGCUAGGUUGGCAGGAACUGGGACAGAGCAACAGGAGCUCACCCCAUCGCACGGAUUCGAACCGCCGACCUUGCACUCGGCAAGCCCAAGAGGCUCAGUGGUUUAGACCACAGUGCCACCUGUGAGUGGGACCAAUAAACUACAUUAGCAUGUGGUUUAUUAAAGUCUUGUUUUCUUUUUUAUAUUGAGAAUAGAAGUGAGCUAAAUUGUUUCCUCAAACUUUGCCACUCAGAUUCAGACUGCAGAAUCCCCUUGUUUAGAGCACGCAAUAGUUUGCCAUUUCAAACAUUGGUUUAUGCUUUAAAUCUCACCCAGGAUUCUUAGGCAGCUUCAAACCAGUGUUUGCUGGAUAGGACAUCAAACUGUGGCGUAUGCUGCAGAGAAAGUAAUUAAAAACCUGGAGUGUACAAGAGAGCAGAAGUACCUGAGAUAAAAUGUGGCUUGGCAUUAUGCGUGAGCUGGAACUAUGUGGGCCUUGGCAAUCUGGUAACAGGAUAUUUGCUUCCUAGUGCCUGCACUAAUAUCUCCCCACACCCUGCUCUGUUUUCAGGAAAAUGGGAAUGUCCGUGGCACCAGUGUGACAUCUGCAGCAGCCCUGCCUCUUCGUUCUGUGAGUUCUGCCCCCAUUCUUAUUGCAAGGAUCAUGAAAAAGGGGCCCUUGUGGCCUCUGGUUUGGAUGGGCGUCCAUGCUGCUCUGAACACAACCCCAAGGCUCCUGUGGCACCAGAGUAUUGGAGCAAGAUCAAACGCCGAUUGGAACAGCAGAAUCCUGAGGAAGAUUCGAAGGAAUAAACUUUCCUUUCCUUAAAACAACAACCCACCUUGCCCCCUGCCCCACUGAGUGGCACAUUAUUGUGAAUUUGGAUAAAGUGCCAUGGCAUCCUCUCUUUUUGUCUUUGGAGUGGCUUCCCUGGAACUCAGACAGGGGCCACCUGAGACUGUGUGGCCCUUGGCAGCCUGCGCAUCUGCGCUCCGAUCCAUUUGCCCUUGAGAAACAGGAAGAAGUGUCUUGGCAACCUUUUGUUGUUAGAAGAGGAAGCCUUUCCGACAUUUUUGUGGGGGGAGAGGCAUCAUGUUUAAAGUAUCUUCUCUGAGUGUGGAAACCAAACAUAGCAAAAUAUUUAUUUAUUUAAAUUUUAAUGGACUUUGAGGAUUUUGCGUCCUACUACGGUCAGUGUGUCUAAAAGGAGUAGCAACACCAGCCUGGUAUCUAUGUAUGUAUCUGUAAGGUUAUUUUCCUGUCUAGUUUUAGAAACAUGAGAAAAAGCCUCUGCACACCAAUAGCCUUUUAGAUAAAUCUUAUUAGGGGCUGGAGCAAGAGCCUAUCGUGGCAGCUGGCAAGUGACAUGGCCUCAUUCCAGUACGUUCACCAUGACAAAAAGCUUUGAGAUGAGGGUUGGUUUAUGUCACUUGAACUGAGCGAUGAGUGAUCACACUAGAGGUUUCCCCGCAGCAAACUAGUUGUGACCUGCUUACUCUUGAAGUGCAUUCUGUUUGAAACUGCAUUUUCAGAAAAUGGUGAAACUGUAGACUUCUUCUGUGCCGUGUUUGAAACCCCACUUCAUUUUGAAAGUGCUUGGGGAGCAGAUGCUUCUGAAAGAUUGCGUCCACAAUAAUUCACUUUAGAUGAUGGGAAAUAGCUGGAGGUACCUGGGGGCAUCUGGUGUCUUGUCCACCAUUCAGUUUAAUUAAGCAUAAGUCACUUUUCUACCGUGAAAAGAAUGAUUAAACAGUGCUUUCCCUGCUUGUUGUAAGUCUUGCCAUAGUGCAGGGUGCAAAGUAAAAAUCUACUGCCUUCAGAGUUUGCACUCCCAGGUUCUGCCCUAACUGGGCUCCACUAAACUCUUGUUUUAUGGGCCGCGUGUUGUGCAGGAUUUGCCACCUGGCCCUCCGAGGUCUCUGCUGGUUUAGCCCCUGAUUAUGCUUUCCCUUUCAAAUUUGAGAGGCAGAAUUUGGCCUUCAGUGUGCAUUUUUAAUGUCCAAUCCAUGCUUGCUCUGUGGCAUGCUUGCCAAUAUCUGAUAGGUUCAUUUCCUUGGUCCAGGCUCCUCCUACUUUCUGAGGACCUAGGAUACUGUGAGUUUUGGUUAUUUGUUCUGGGGCUCUAUAGCUGAUUUUGGUGUGUGGCUUGGUCGUACGAAAUCUCUUGAUUAAAUAAAAACCUGAAUGUCUUUAAAAGUACGUUCUAUAACUGUACAGGGUAUAAAAUGGCCCAUGGUGAUACCAUCAGUCUAACAAAAGCAAUGUUUGUAUCCCAGAAGGGAUCAUGUUUGUUAAUAGCUCUUUGCAAAGCAACAGUACAGCACUGAAGUAGCCAGUUUUACCAACUUUCUCCCAAUGAGUGCUCUCUAAAUGUGUCCAGAGACACUUACUGUAAUUAUAACCAUGCAUUGAUUUAUGUGGAAAAGUUCAACUUCAGAUAAAGACUGGUCAGUACCAGAAAAGAAGACAGUAGGCUGUUUCUGGUAAUAUCAAGGUUUCCUGGCUCAGCUUUUUCAAUAGGCUUCCUCCCACCAGCCACCCCCCACUGCUUUUAAAAUGCUUCUAAUUCAAGAGAAAAUCAGCUUACUUUCCUCCUUUUGUACAGGCAAACACACUACAUUUCUGCAAAGCGUAUGAAUUGUACUUUAGCUUCAGUAUUUUGCAGAGUCUUUCUGCAACUCCCAUUGCAGAACAGGUUCCAUUGCCUCUUCCUGCUCUGCUUGUGGGCCAGCUGAGUGGUAUAGAGCUCUAAAGGAAGUUGUCACACACUUGACCAAACUAAGGGGCAAUGUUAAAGGCAAAAUUUAAAACACUACACUUUGUUUUUGUGUACUAGAUUUUAGUUUUCUGAAUAUGUUGUUUGGCAACAUGUUGGUAUUUUGAAGGAGGAGUGGGAAGAAAUCCUUUGGGGGAGAAUUUGUCCCCAUCUAAAAUUGCAGGCUCAGAGCUUGCCUUCCCACAAGAUGGUAGAGCCGCUCUGCCUGCCCACUACACAAAGCUGGUGGGCACAGAAUGGUGCAAGCACUCUCCGCUCAGACUGCUGUAUCUUCUCUUCCCUACACUCCUUUGUCACUUGAUGGAGUGGGAGGCGCUAGAUGGUGCUCAGUUCUCCUGUGGCAGAGUUUGGAUAGAGCAAAUAGCCAGUCCCCAAAGGCUUAACUAUUCCUGGCAACAGAUGCCGUUCAGAUAGUGAUGGGUUUUGAAAUGUACAUAACUACUAAGUUAACUGUGGACAGUGUUGGCUUUUAGCCACCCUGCCCUACAAGGUCAGCACCCAAGGAAAGUAUCUCAUUGAACCAGUGGUCAAGCCAACCCUCUCUGUGGAAUAAAUAGGAAUUCCAUUGCCAGGUCACUUAGCAGCUUAAAUUAUUGUAUGCACUGAAAUGCGUAUAGAAGAGGAAAAGGCAUUGUAUUUGGAUGGAACCUUUUGGUGUGCUGGAAAAGUGGCUUUUGAAUCCCACAGGUUCUUCAUAAGGUUAAAAUGUUUCACAUCUUAGCAGGGGAGACUAUGAGUGUUCUUUUAAUUUUUUAUUAUACAUCAUUAUUUAACUUUUUAGCACUUGGUUUUUUAAAAAUAAUACUGAAAAACAGCAAGGAGCCUUCUUUUAAAAAUGCAGAGCUACAAUAAUGUGACAUUUUAAAAAAGUUUUAUAACAAAUACUAAUCAUGGACUAAUAAGUGUUUCCAUAUAAGCAAGUCAGUCUUAAUAUCCUUGUGGACUUUAUUUUUCUUGGUUUCUAAAUAUUUUGUCACCUUGUCACUGUAAAAUGAGCAGUUUAAGCAGUGCCAUUUAUUGGAAGAUGGGGUUGCACCAGUUGACAGCCUUUAUUUGGAUUGUCCAUGUGGUAAACAAGCAUUCCUCUCCAUCAGGUGUGCUCUGAUGGUGUUUCCUGCUUGGCAGGGGGUUGGACUCGAUGGCCCUUGUGGUCUCUUCCAACUCUAUGAUUCUAUGAUUCCCCUGUGCAUGCUUGCCUUAAGCAGAGAGGUGGACUAAGCACUCCUCCUUUAUCUCUUGCCCUGCUUUUCCCCGCUUCUGCCUAACGACUUAAAAUGAAGGCUUGAAGAUUUUCCUCAGGCAGUUAGUGGAAAGGGCUAGAACAAUGCCUGGCCAAUGCAGUAGGCCACGGUGGUCCUGCCUCAUUUCGGUUGCAAUCUUAUACGCACUUAUCUGAGAGUAAACCCCUAUUGAGCACAGUGGGACCUACUUCUGAGUAAACUUGCUUAAGCUUGUUCUGUGAAUUCAGUGGAAUUCAAUUUUGUGUGUAAUUGCUUUAGACUCUGUUUGCACAAAUGUUGAUCUGGCUGUGUGUAGAACAUGUUAGGGUUUGCUUUACUCCAUAGAUUGGAGUAUUUGCUGGCUUGCUCCACUAGAAUACUGCAGGUUUCUGUUCUUUUUACCUUGCCCAUUGGAAUGGACACAUUCAGCUCAGGAACGCUGCCUGUAGAGUAAGGAAGUAUUCUGGUUGAAUUGUCACCAUGGCAUUCACCAGAGAUUCAGGGUUGCUUUUCACAUCACAGUCUUAAUAACACAGGUGCACUGCCACAAGAAACACUUUUUUUUGUCUGCAGGCACAUCAAAAGCUAUAGCAAUAUGUGAUUCCAUCUCCAAAAAGACCAGUACACAAUGAAGGCCGCCGUUUUGAUGCUGUUCCCCAGAGGUCAGCCAGAUGUGGCAUGAUGCAGAUUCUCCUGUCCAAAGUGGAGUCCUGUCUGUGGACACCUACUAGGGAAAUGCAGUCGACUGGGAUGCCCCCUGCAUUUUCCCUGCAUCAGGUGUCACUGUGCUCACGGCACGUGCAAGCAAUGGACAGAUAGGGAACACCGUGCGAGGUAGCACUUCAAAACUACACGAAUAAUUUGGGUUACAUUUUAAGGAAAGGCAAAGCGUCUUCUCUUGGGAACGUCCACCUGCCCUAUCAUCUUUGCAAUACUUUUCCAUUUAUCUCUCGAGAUGGGUGUGAUUUGCAGCUGCAUUAUGCAGACAUACAGACAUACAUGUCUGCUGCUGUUCACGGACAAGUGUUUGUGCGUACUAUAGAGGGGUACUUUUGGUUUGUUUUUACAUACAAGUAUGCACUUCUCACAUUGUGUUUUAGCAGCCCUCAGGUGUGCAUCUGUGUUACAUAGAUUGCUAUGUGAGAAACAGCCCUUUAGAACUUGUAUUAACAUGAAGUAAAAAGGGAAUUGGGUAUUUCAUUGGUCUUUUUUGCUUGGACUCUUUGCCUCCAACAUAUACAGGUGGUGUUGGGAAGAUGUAAUUACUAGAGUAUCAUUGACAAUGACCUUCUAACCAUAGUUGACUGUAUAUACUGAGACGUUAUGGGUCGGGUGUUUUGGGGGGGGGGGUCUGCCGCUGGUACGAAUUUAGUCACUUUAACAUUGGAACUUCUGCCUCAUUGAAUUCAGGGUUUAAUGUACUUGAAGCUGUUCCCAUUCUUACUUUACAGCUUGUGUUAUAUUUAUGUAUUUUAUAUGGUAUUGUGAAAGUCUCUCUUUUUCCCACCUUAACACUGAAACUGAAACUGACGUCUGCUUCAGUUCCUUGGUCACGAGGCAAACAGAAAGGACUUGAAAAGUGUCUCCUUUUCCUGUGCUCUUAAGAAAAAAGGACAGUUGUACAAGACAUCAGCAUUAUGACUUUAAAAAAUGUUUACUUUUCCACAAUCAGUUGUCUCCUUUCUCUUUCCCCCUUCAUGCAUUUCAGGAAAGAUAUUUGCACUUAUCAAAACACUCCUGGGUGUGCUUUAGAUUGUUUAGCGGGUAGAAUUGGGCAAAUCAGCAUUUUGUUGUGUGACAAGCUGCGGUGCAGAUGCAAUUGGGUGAGGGGUCCCCUCCCUCGACUUUGGCGAGAAAGAAAUGAAGUGAAUGCUCUUUGCAACUGUGUUUUCGUGCAGCAUUCCAGGGGUGGCAAGCUCUGUUGCUGUGGGCUUGCCAUAUCUGCCAGUGGGAUUGGUGCAGAAACCAUAGGCGCUUCAUGGAGACGAGUGCAGAAUGCCCAGGAGCAGAGCUUGGCGGGUUACAUCCUUUCCCCCCAAGUGUUAACUUCAUUUCAGUUAAAAGAAAAACACUGCCACUUUGCCAAAGCUGUUCCUCCAUUCGCAGCUUCCCAUUAGUGAUGCUAUUGGCAGUUGUGCAGAGGAUCCAGUGUAGUGGUGGUUUUGGAAGUCUGCUUUUGGAAAUUAAUAAAAUCAGUGUGUUGAAUCCUCUCCCAAACACCUGUCCUCUCCCCCCAAGUGGACAUCCGAAGGAAUUAUUUUUCAAUAAGAACUGGAGAAAAUAUUAUAUUUGUUUAUUCAUUCAUAUUGAUCUGUGUCUAGCCUGUGUCAUCACCCCUCCCCAUUUUAAAAACAACAACAAAUAAUUUGUGUUGCCGUUGAAAACCAUGAUGGUAAAAUAGCUAUUAUGACUGGCUAGUAACAAGACUGUGUCUUUUUAUUGUUUAUAAGGGUAUGUGCUUAUUCUGACAUUGCUAUAUGAAAAGACAAAAAUCCAUUUGUACCCACACAUGUGAUAUUGCACAAUGGGCACCAGUACCAACAAUUUGUCUCCAUUCCUGUGUACUCUAUCUGUAACAAUGAAUUUGUAGAACUGUUAUUUCUGUAGACCUUGUUACUACGUACCAACCUUUGUAGAUUCUGUGAAAUGUUAUUUUAACAAAAAUCACCAGAGUCUUUAAUAGCAAAAUCAUUGUUAUUCACUUUAAAGUCAAUAUAUUAGAGGAGUUUCUCAAACCCAAAUAGAAGCUCUCAACACUUUAAAAGUCGUGUUAUUUUUUCCCUGGGGAUGUUCCAUGGGGACAUUACUGUAUUAUGACUUGAUGUUGCUGCGUAGAUUUUGAGACUUAAACAACAUUUUGGAGGGUUUUGUUGUUUGGCCUAUGUUUUCUUGCAUAGUGUGAAAUCUAUGGAGCUUGGUUAACCUGUAUAUAGAUAGCUCAUUGUUUAUUAGUCAUAGUGUAUCUAGGAUUGCCUGUAAUAUUUUAGCUUCUUACUGAAUGUGAGUGAUGGUAGGAACAUAUAAUUUUUGUACAUUAUAUUAACGGAGAUGUUGCCUUUUUUAUUUUACAAAUACUUUGGAAUUCAGAUGUGGUUUUGCUUCUGUGAAAAUUAAUUUGGAAAGGUUUUUAAAAUGACAUUCCACUGAUUAAAUCUUUGCUUGAGGUUGACUUCAAUAAAUUGUUCUGAAUGUUCCAAUUA